UAUCCCAGCUGAAACCUGAACAGCCUCUGAAGUGGAUACCCAAUAAAUCAGACCCUGUUUAGAGCCUGAACCACCCAGAUCUGGCAGUCCUGAUCCCUUUGUCUGUACUCAGAUCACCAUCAUUUAUCUCCAACAGUACAGAGAGGAGCUGGGCACUGAACCCUGGAUAAAGGAUUUGGGUCUUUGAGGAAUGAUCGAGUGCUAAGAGACUCAGAGCCAAGGUAAGUUCGUCAAAAAUGGAGCAUGUGUGAGGUAUGAAGGAUUCCGGCCCUCGCCAUCAGAGGAGAUAAACCCGUUCAUCAGAAGUCCAGUUCCUGUAGUUCUGCUGCUGAUAUGGACUUUGAUACGUGGACUCUGAUGGGGGUUUCUCUGCUCCUGGAACCAGCCUGGUCUGGACCUUGUUCACUGGUGUUGGGCAGUAUGAACCAAAUCUAAAAUCACGGUGUGAGUAAUUGUCAGACCAGUCUUUGGCGAAAAACUCUGCCGAGCUCUUAGUUUUUAGUGCAGCAGGUGCGUCACGCAUCAUUUGUCUCUCUUAAUAGAGUUUGACGUGUUUCAUCUUCAGGUGGAGGAAGAGGUUGUUGGUGUUUCCUCCUCCACCAACGACAGCCACACCACACUCUUUGACAGUUUAGUUUUUUUGAUCGUUGUUGGAUUUUAUAAAUCCGAAGAAUCUCCAGACAACCGAUGUCACGACUUGCGCCCUUUUCGGAAUGAGUUCCUCCUCCUCUUCCUCGUGUUGGGUUGGUCAGGCUGCCUCCGUUUACCCGGUACUGCCUCUGAUCACCAUGACCACCACCAGUGAAGCUGAUUCUUCUUCGUCUAAACUAUGCCAAGCAGUCAGCUGGACACGCUGGUGAUUAUAGGGAGCGCACCCAAACCUGACCAAUCAAACGGAGCGAACAAACUCCACGAGACACGUUGGUGAAUAUAUGGAAACGCACCCAAACAGACGCGCUCCGGCUUUCCACACUGACUCAGAGAGACAUCUACUCUCUCCGGUAUAAACGGACACUUUUAUUCCAUCACACGGUUUAUACCGUCAUACCGCCCGACUCUAACGUUCACUCUUCCACCGGCAGGUUUGAUUGACGCCCUCGAACCUUUUCAGAGUCCUAACUCAUCUCCGUGUCCCACCUGAGGGACCUCUUCUGCUGCGUCCGUCUCUGUUCCUGACACUGUUAUUGCUCCUCCUGAUCGAUGACAUAGACGGGGGUUUUUCUCUCAUAUUUUCUCAAAGUUUAGACCUUUAGUUUUUAUUAGAGCACUUUGGAUCUUUGUUUGGACAGAAACUCUACAAAUAACUUUUAUGACUGUCUGGGAACUGUCAGAUGAAACAGAAACACCGUAAAGUUAGUCCUGAAGAAGAUGUCAGAAAACUCCCAGGCUCAGGUCAGACCUCACACUGUGAACUGGAAACCACAGACACCAGUCACAUUUACAUUUACAGGAACCCUCCCUUCAUACGGGCUGGAUCUGAGGAGGGAAGGUGUGAGAGCAGACACAAAGUCCCCUCAGGGGUCUCCAGGAAUCCGGGUCCGUAUCAGAGCUGUCAGAAAGAUAACAUGAGACACUUAACGUCAGGUCUUCUACACAUUUAUGGAGCUCUGCAGAGUCUUGGUCUCUGUGAGACUGAUGGAUGGGACCACAGAGAGUCUCACAGCAGACUGCAGUUGUCCUUUCAGAUCCUGGAUUCUUGAUGGACCUGAAACAAACGAGAUCGAUGGUCGGAAACUGUCAGGGGAUUAAUCCAUCUGAACUGAGUGGAAACAAAGUCUGGAGAUGUGGAAAACCUCUGAAUGAAGAGGUGCAGGAAUGAUAAUCAAUCAGUGUGUUUACAUGACACUUGAGAAAACUGAAUUAUCGCCUUAUUCCGAUCAAGACCGGACAACUGAAGGUCAUGUAAACACCUUAGUCCGACUAUAAUCGGAGAACUCUGAUUAAAACACCCAGAUAAUGAGAUUGGAAUUCGAUUUUCUCGACCAUGUAACCAGCGUAGUCGGAGUAUGAUGCCACGCCCCCGUAACAAACCCCCAGAGUAGAGGAGUAGCGUUGGUCUCAUCUUUAGAAAAAGUAGCGCGUCCAUCAUGUCGGACAAAAACAACGCUGUACGAUGCUCCAUCUUCUUGUUUCUCCAAAAUGCCCAGCAGCAGUUGUAGACACUUCUGACGUCUGACACCGACCUGCUGUUGUUGUUGACGGUUGUAUGGGGUCGGAAACAGCGCCGCUAAGAGAGGCCCAUAUCGCCCCCUAGUGUUGGGGAGGAGGACACGUUCACGUCAAUAAUUCGAUUUUCUCAGCUGCAUGUAAACGAGGACGAGGAGAGAAGUCUGAUUUGGCGAGAAAAACGAAUUAAGUCUGAUGAAACUGUGAGUGUAAACGAACUGAGUGUUUUAUUAAUUAGAUAUUUUCAUAAAGGUAGAGGACGGGUCGAUGGUAAAGUAUAUAAAGCAGAAGUAGAAGUUUCUCCUGCUGCAGCGUGGAAACAUGAAGUUUGAGGGUCGGAGAAGGUCAUGUGACAUCUGAGCUCAUAACUGUAUGAAACUGCAGGUAGACUGAGGUUAUUUCAGGUCAGGGAGGAGAGAGGAGGAGAUCAGGGGUUCAGUCAGGCAGUAUCAGGUCCUUCGUCCCCGUCCCUCCUCACACAAACAUGUCCUGAAGUCUCAGUCUUUGUCGGAGAGCUUGUCGUUCUCAGUGAAGGUCUGAAUAUUUCUCCUCCGUCUAUCAGAGUCCUUCUGAAGGUUUCUAUCCUGGAUCCUCUGAACCUGCAGAUGGGGAGACAUCUAUCAGAGUGUAAGGAGGACAGGAGGAUAUUUACACCCCAGAAGAUGAUAUCAUUUAUGAGAGGAGGAAACCUCGGGACACUUUGACACCCUGGAUUCUGUCUGAGUAUGAGUUUGUUUCAGGAAAGGUUGAAUUAACAGUUCUGUUGACAGACUCAAGACUUCCUCCAGGUCACCAAGACCUGACCUUGACUGUUCCCAGAUAACCAGAGAGGCCGCAGGCUGACAGCUUCACCGAGCUCUGGGGAAAUAUGUCUCUGGUCUGGAUGAGUGGUGGGCCGGAUGAGCGAAUGUGAAGCGGUGGGAGAUGAUUGAUGACUGACAUUUAUUCAGAAAUGAAGUGUCCAAGAAAAUAAACACUCUCAGGGAGAUGAGUGAGGGUUUUAUUACCGUUUCUGAGUAAAACCAAUAACUCUGAUAAAAGGGCAUGUUCUCUGAGUGAAUACUUUUGGUUCAGAGUCAAUAAAGAGUUCGUAUUUUCAUGUCAGUUAUUGGACAGCCUUCCAGCUAGGACUGUUUAAAAUAUGGACUCUGUCUCUGGAGGGUCACUCAUUAGACUCUGGAGCAGAGUUUCAGCAGAAACCCCCCUUCUCAUUCUGCUGACUCACACUGACUAUGGGUUGACCUACUAAGGGGCUAAGAGCAGUUUAAGUGUCCUCUCAGAGUCCAGUCAGCUGUUUUUCCUUUAAUUCACCAAACUGUUAAAUAUUAAUAUAAAUAAAUGUGUUUUCAAGAACGAUGUGUGCAGAGAGAGAAAAGAGUCAGUCUGUCUAAAAACAACUUCAGCCUGUAAUCAUGUUUGUUUUUUGGGCUUUUUUAAUGAGUGUGUAUGUGGUUUGCAGUGCUUUUGCAGCCAGCCUCUAGUGGACAUUUGAGGAACUGCACCUCCAACAUCGACCUCUUUCCCAUGACUGGAGGUCACUGCUUACCCCCAACUUCCACUAUAGAGACAACUCGUUAUCGCGCGAUUACACGAGAAUCUGCGGGUUCUGGUGAGUUCUCAUGAUUCCUGCUGUCCAUAAUCCGCCACGUAAUUUGCCUCACAAACGGCUCUGGUAGGAAUUGGUGGACGGUGAAAAUCGCUGCUGUUCUGGAUGCGGUGGAAAUCCCGGGUUAGUUUUUAAUUGGAGCUUCUGUAUGUAAGAUAGACCUCUUGACUGGAGCUGAACCUUUCGACCAGACAGUACACCAGGGUUUCAUUAGUCCAGAUGUAGUCCAGACCCGAGACAAAAACAUGGUCCGUCUAUGUGAAAGUCUUUCCUAAAGUAAACUCUGAAUAACUGACCAAACUCUCAGACAGUGUUUAUCAGAUUAGGUGAAACAAAGACUGGACUGGUUCAGCUGUGACGUAGUGAGGUCGUAAAGGUGUCCAGUUAGUGACAAUCUGGACCCCUCAUCCUGGUUCCUGUAGUUUGGAUGGUUUGUGUUGCAGAAUAACAUCAGCUGAUCUCCGUCCUCUCAGGAGUGUUCGGUGGUUUGGAGGACACCCACCGCGCGUCUUACUCUGCGAUGAAUUCAUUCCUGAAUCAGAUAAAUCGUCCUCAUCUGUCAUGCGGUGACUCCCUGUGUUUCUAAGAGCGUGCUGACUCAGCAGGGAGAACUCCUUUUUACUCGUCGAGAAUCCUAAACCGAUGAGAAAACACACAUGUUGAUGUUCGCCAUGGGCCUGUUCUCUGAAUCUGUCACAAACAAACCGGAGCUCUCUGUUAUCGUCCGGCUCCUGAGUGGAAGAUCCAUCACCGGGAUAGAAAUCACAGAUGACCCCAAACCAAACGAGAUCUGCCUAGAAAGCACAAUGUGACCCAAAGAAGGAAGAACUCGAGGAUAAUUUAUGUCUGUGGGACUUCAGGAUAAUAUGUGCCGUCAUAAAUCAGUGGGUUUUUCUAACUUCUCUGAGGGAGGCGAGGUUUCUGUUAGCAUCGCCAAAAGAGACAACAAGUUCAGUUUACUGUUGAUGUUUCCUAGACAGACCAGGACCAACAGGGGGGCGGAAAGAUGGAGGUUAGAGCCAAACUCCUGCAGGGGCAUCGUCAGGGUCACUCUCCUCAGUCAUCAGUGUAUGAACGAGUGAAUAUAGACGAUAAAAGUCCUGUGAGUGGUUAGAAGACUAGAAAGUCUAUUUACCAAUGUGACUUUUACAUCAAAUAAGCUGAUCCUAAAAACUCAACUUGAACUCCUUAGUUUUGUAACAUUCAGUCACUCAGAAGCUCCUGUGAAGACCUGAACUUCGUGUCUUUUUGGCGUCUUGUUUGUUUCCACUUUUUUACAUAUCAAGGGGGUCACUUUGGACUAAAGAAGUCCAGUCUUUCUCUCUUGGUCAGUUAAAGGAAUCACUCAGUAUUUUUAUUGAUAAAUGUUAAACAAAGACAACAGAGUCGACUGGUUUGACACAGACCUCCUUCGAACUUUUACAGAAACUGAAAACAGGAAUCUCUUCGACAUCGUUGGUGUGAUAUCCUAUUGGCAAAUAACGGCUUAAAAAGUUAAUUACUGCUGAUAUGAAAAACUCUGCAGAUAUAAUGAUCAACCCCAAAAGUGAUGCAGUAAUUACAUGCAUUCACAGUCAGCUCUUGUAUGUUGGCUGUUUGGGGUGUUCUGAAGAGUGGGAAUAUUUCAUAUUAGAAAAAUAAAAUAUUGUUUUACUUGUUUUACUGACGAAUAAUAAAGGUAUGUUUAUAUUUGUAUCCAACCAUUCAAGGAGACGGUCCUCAGGAGGUCCUUCUUAGCCGGCACAGACUCACCACCUCAGAUACCGUCUGCUGUCCUAGUGCUAUUUUCCUGCGGUGAACUAAAACGACUCAGAAAUGAUCUGGAGGAGUCUAGAAUGGGACUGACAUGUAAUCUUGAUUACUGUUCAAACAUAAGGUCCGGGUAGGUAGUCAAAAAAAAAGUGUCAGUCCUAGACUCAUGUUCGGUAUUCUGCCUCUCGGGUCAAACUUGUAAGAUACCCCAUAGAAGUAUAUUUAUUUUCCUUGAAGUAAUAAUCACCAUAUUAAUCAUUUUACAGACGCGGUAGUUCUUCUGUCUUAGCGUCUCGGUCUGAUUGUAUUUCCAUGAAGAAAUGAUCAUAAAUGUUCUUCCUUGAGCUGCGUCACCCCGCUGUAGUCUGUAAUGGACUGGCCUGAGGUCUCACUACAAACAAGCGUCUGCUGGAAGAGAGUAGGUGAGUUGUGUUUAGUCUCUUUGUUAAAGUUAAAAAGAUGUUUGGUGUCUAGUACUAUGUCUGUGACCCUAUAUGUCCUGUUGAUGAAGUUAGGUGCUGUUCUGAGCAUUAUUUGUGGCUAUAGAGUGGCGUUUUGGUUGGGGGCGUGGCUCUCUGUAUUUCUAUCCUGCGGUCGUUACUAAAGUUGGUAUAACUAGAGAAGAGAGCGGUCGACAACAUUCAUCUCUGGGGGGGGGCCAAACCGGUGUUACGGUGGGUUUGACCCUACAUUAAUCUACUUAAGUAGACGGGGUGACCUUCAGCUUGAAAACAUCAGAUCUCUCCGCUCUGACUCUACUGUCCUCUCCAUCCUGAGAUCGUUUCAGAAGAACCGGAUGAGGUUUUUCUGUCCGGAGCUCCUCCUUCUGGUCUCAGUGUUUUAUGAGAUCUUCUGAAUCCCUGUAAUUCCAGAGGUUUUGUUUCCUGGAGUGAUUACUGCCUGCUGAAGGAAUGAUGGCCCGGCUCAUUUGUCUUUCCUCUCUGUCCACGUCGACGACGACUCUUGAAACUCAAUUAGAGGAGGAUUUGUUCCAGCUGGCCGCCGUCUCCUGCAACUAAUAGCUCUUAUCUGCAGGACUCAACGAAGGAUUUAUUCUUCCUUCUCACUGCUUGAGAAGACCUUCCUGUCAAACUGCGUAUUUCAGGACCAGAGUCUGAAUCCCAAAGUCUCUGAAUGAGGUGUGGAGUCAGUGGAGCUUAUUGUGAAAAUGUUUUAUGUAGAAGAACUUCGUCUUUAUGGGACUUCAGCGGUUUGAAUGUCUGGAGGUUUCUGCACAGUCAAUGUGGUACGCUGGAUUUUAUAAACAGACUGAAGAGACCAAACAGACUUCCUUAUUUCAGAAACUCACAUGUGAAGAACUGGAACACGUCCAUCCCAUCAGGGUACCCUUAGACCCAACCAGGGGUGUACAGGUUUUAUGCCAAACCGCUGUCUGAUGUUGUCAGGAAUGAGGAUCUGAGGAAAUAGGCGGGACUGAAUCCAAACUAACAGACCUCCUCUGUAAGACUCAAGUCCCAAGAGUGGUCAAAAUCCACAAUCCCUCUAAUUCUUUAGGUACUUGGACCUGGCUUUCCGCAGACUUUCAGGAUUCUGGUUCAGGCGCACACUCUCACAGAUUCCUCACGCUGCUCUCGGUGGUUCUGAAGACCAGGGACGGCAGUGUCACAUCGUGGAUUCAGCAGGUCGGUCAGAACCAAACAUCAGGAGGACUCUACGAUUGAUUGAGAUGAAAUAUGGUCCAGACUUCCUCAUGGUCUAAGGAUGGAUAGAUGGUCCUCUAACUUUUCUAAAGCUCUACGUCAGAUCAGAAACCGUCUGAUCCGAGUCCCUUUGAAGACUUGUCUUUUCGGCACUGACUGAACUGUCCUCAGGAUCUCAGGUGUUCCUCCAGUUCAUCGGACCGGUCUACACUUUUUCGUUAGCGGAGGGGAUUCGUCUCACUCCCAGCUUCAUUACGCUGCGGCUCCCCCAGGACUCAGUCUGAAGACGAGAACUUUAAGAUGGACUUUGGUCUGGACUCCUUAAGGCCUGUUCCUCAGAAAUCAGGAAUUUAUGUAGACCAGAACCUUCCAGUGCAGAACAAAUCUCCAGAACAGCUCCGAUCCAGAACGGGGGCGAUUUUCGCUGUAUGCCAAUUCCUACCAGAUCCGUUUGUGAGGCGAAUUACGUGGCGGAUUGAAGACAGCGAUAAUCACAAAAAAUCACAAGAACCCGCAGAUUCACGUUCAAUCGCGCGAUAACUAGUUGUCUCUCUAAAGACAGUCACAUAUACAUAUAAGCAGUAGAUUGUGUCCUUCCAGAGGAGGAAAUCUACUUCUAGACUUCUAGAAUCAGCAUCUCCUCAUCCAUGGUGUCAUCGGGGUGAAAUGACGUCUAAAAACCUUUCACUUGUUCGUCUCCGCCCGUUUGCAUGGUGUGAAAUACGAUCCUCCUGAAACAUGGAGUGUUUUAUUUUGAAAAGAAGCCGGAUGUUUUAUUUUGUGUCUGUGCCCGACUUCCUUUCCAGCACGGGUUAAUCUGUGCUGAAUUUAUCCGCCAUGCUCCGGCGUCCAGAAAAAAUAGAACUCUUGUGAUCAGCUGAGGAGUCCGGCGAUCCGCAGAGGAACGGAAAGAAGUCGGUGUAAAUUGACAGGUUAACUUGAAUGGUUACGAUCAGCUACGAUCGGAGGAUACGACCUUUUUGUAGACGAUCAGGAUGAAGGUGGAGAUCGGGGGUCGGUCUCAGAGACGUGUGGGUCAUGUCCCUGACUCUAAAUGUAGUUUUAUUUUUAGUCUGUUGGUCCGGAUCGACCCGUCAGGAUUCAGCCUUGAAUAACCUCGCGCUCACUUCUUCGUCUCUUCCUCGUCUCUCUGAAUCUGUUCAUAAAUUUGAUGUUUUUUCUCAGGCGUGCGAUGACACUCUGGCUGUUUCUGCCUCUCAUCAGGAGGACGAGCUCGUGCCUUCACACACUUUUAAAACCAUCAAACUUGAGUUUUGAUUUCCUGUCUCUGAACCAUCCUGCUGCUCCACUGAACUCUGAGUGCUCCCUCUAAUAGCAGCCCUUCUGCACAAUUUAUCUGCAGCCAUUUCCUGAAAAUGCUCCUCUCUUUGACGUCAGCUGCCUCUGAGUGAAAUCUCAGUGAUUUUUAUUUCACAGGACGGGUCAGCUGCUCUGACUCCUGACGCAGGAGUUGAAAUCAGGUGUUCAGAUUACCUGUGAUUGAUCUCAGAGGUCAGGUGGACCUCAGUGAGCCUGUUCAUCCAUCAGCACAUCCACCCGAGCAGGGACUGAAUGUGCUGCUUUGUGUCGGCUCUGUAUUCUGGCUGUCAUUCUUCUUUUUCAGUUUCGAGCUGCUGGAUCGGUGCUGGACGACCUGUUCCCUCUUUGCUGUAAUUUGAUGCCCAGGAUGAGGCGUUUAUUUCUGAAGACACCUGUUCCUAAAGUGCUUCCUUACAGGACAGUGACUCCGUUUAAGAUAACGGCUGAAAGUGAAAGUUUAGAUCCUUCGCUACGAACAAGACAAACUUAGUUUUCAGUUUGAAAAAACUUCUUUAUCUGCAGCAGGUGGAGCUGAAGAGAUGGAGAUUGAUCUAAUUUGACUGAUAUUGAUGCAGUUAUUGAUUCAGCAUGUUAAACUCGAAACUCAUUGAUUUUUUUUAAUGAUCAGAGUGACCAGUUUGGAGUUUGUAGACCUUUGUAUGGUGGCCCUGAAGGUCAGCUGCACAAUUAAAAAAUACGUCAUGAAAAACUACAAAUGUGUAAAUAAAUUAAAAAAUAAUAAUUUUAGGUAAAUGUACGUCAAAAAGAGCGAAAACAUUUUACAAAUGAGACAAAAUAUUGAUGAAAUAAAACUAAAAAAUAAACAAAAAAUUAAAAAAAUAUUUUACAGAAUGAAAAUAAAUUCAGGAAACUUUAAACAAUCACAAACUCAAACUCAUAAAUGUUUAUGUUCUUGAAUUGUUUAACUUUUUUAAAGAUGUUUUUUGCUUUUUGUCAAAUAUUUGUCAAAUUUUUCAGUUUUCUUUUUGAUUUUUUUGUAAAAUAGUUUUUUUGUGUUUCAUGAAGGUCUUAAACUAAAAUAUUUUUGUAUUUGUGGCGGGGUGGUUCUAUAUUUUUGGGUCAUUAAAUAUUCAUGCAGUUGACCUUCAGGGCCACCGUACAGGACAGGUUCCCAUCAGACCGGGUCUUUGCUCGGUUCUGUCUGAUGGAGCGACCUGUCCUCCUGCAGAGACACAUGACCACACGGCGGCGGCGGCGGCGUCUCCACUCUCAGGACUGAGCGUUAACAUAAACAGUCAUGACUCAGCUCAUCGUGACAGAGAAAUUUACGCUGACUCAUGCUGUGAUUUGUCACUUCGCUGCUCUCUGGGUGUUCUCCGGCUCCAGCACAUCCAUCAUGAGUCCUGACGGCUGUUUAGGUUCUGAUCCAGGUCAGGGGGGAGUUCCCACACAUCCUGGAAACACCUGGAAGACCUGGAAUUUCUUCAGUUCUGCUUUAAAGAGAAGAAAAAUGCAGGCUGAUGUUUUAUGGCUCUCCUGUUGUCCUAAUAUUUACCUCCUCAAAUGUCUGACCGUCUUCAAAAACAGGAUUUAUCUUGGUGAAGUUUUGAUUCUCUCUCCGUCGUCCUGCUGCCAGCUCCUUAAUUAUGUUGUCAAAAACAGCCGCAGUUUCAGACAGUGAUGAUGAAAGCAGCUCCGUUUGUUGUUUUUCUCUCUUUUCCUCCGAUAGUUUGUCUUUUUUUCCUCCUCUUCUCUCCGUUCUUCUCUCGACAUCCUUCGCUGAUCCUCUUCCUCCUGAGGACCAUGUUUUGACGUGAAGCAGGGUUAUUAAUCACGCUAACAUCGUGCAGAGUUUCGGGUGUGUUCCUGCUUUUUGACUCUCCUGUCUGAUUAUUCGGGGUGACCCAGUCAGAGGUCAGAGGUCAGGCUGUGAUUGCAGGACGUCGGCCAAUAGGGUCUUGUUAUGGGAGCACAGGGAAAGUGAGCAACAGCUGCUUGUUAAAGCUUUAUUCAUCCAGGGAGAUCGGACAGAGUCUGCUCUGCUUCAUACACGUCUAUAUGUGCCGACUGGGAGCAGACCAGUAACACCAGUUAUCACUCAGUACGUUUACAUCCACAGUUUAAUCAGGCUAAGCUCAUAAUUCAUUUUUUUUUCGCCCAAUCGGACUUUGAGGUGAGCAUGUCCUCCUCCCCAACACUAGGGGGCGAUAUGAGUCUUUUCAGCGGCGCUGUUUCCGACCCCAUCCAACCGUCAACAACAACAGCAGGUCGGUGUCAGACGUCAGAAGUGUCUACAACUGCUGCUGGGCAUUUUGGAGAAACAAGAAGAUGGAGCAUCGUACAGCGUUGUUUUUGUCCGACAUGAUGGACGCGCUGCUUUUUCUAAAGAGGAGACCAACGCUACUCCUCUACUCUGGGGGUUUGUUACGGGGUUACGGGGGCGUGGCGCACAAAUUCCAAUCGCAUUUUCUGGGUGUAAUCCGAGUUCUCUGACUUUAAUCGGAGUUUGAGAACUUUGAUUAUAGUCAGACUAAGGUGUUUACAUGCACUUCAGUUGUCCAGUCUUGAUCGGAAUAAGGCGAUAAUUCGGUUUUCUCGAGUGUCAUGGAAACGUACUGAGUGUGGUACCUUGAGACAGGAGUCUCUAUUUGGUCCAGAUGGACCCAGAUUCAGCACCAGAUUGGUCGAUUCCCAUUGCUGUAUAAUUUCUUCUUCCGAGUUGUUUUUACCAACUCUGCUGAUGCUAGUCCAAAAACUGCAGUUCCUCUUCUGUCCACUGGAGGCUGUCUCCAAAAGUGAGUCAGUCCCCAUAGAGCCCCAUGUUAACACUUCACAGCAGAAAUAAACACGUUUACAGCCGAGUAAGAAAACAGUUUAUCUGGUUUUAAUAUCCAUGCUGCGUUUCAGUUCUUUUAACUUCAACGAUACAAAAAUAAAUAAACCGAAUAAGAUCGGAUCGUCUAGUUUGUGUUUUCUGCUGCUACAGUGACGGAUUCUCGUUGUGAAUACAGACAGUAAGGAAAUGACAGGAUUUUAAAGGAAGUUAAAGGUGUAGUUCAUGUUUAUAAUUCUGAACAUCUAAGUUCACCGAAAGCUUCAAAAUUAACGCCGAUAAUUCAUGAUAAUUCAGACAAGUGCACGGUUCUGAAAAGAUGCAAAACCAAAACCUCCAAAUAGAUGUUCAGGAACCACCAGCUAAGUUCACGACAUAACACCACCCAGAGUUACUGAGUAAGACCGUCCAGAAGAGAGAGGACAUCUAAGAGGAUCCUCAAACCUCCUCAUUCAGUCUGUUUCCAUGACACUCCAGAAAACCGAAUUAUCGCCAUUCUCCGAUUAGAACUCUGAUUAAGACACCCAGAUAAUGGGAUUGGAAUUCGAUUUUCUCGACCAUGUAACCAGCGUAGUCGGAGUAUGAUCGGACAAUACAUGUUCACGUUCGCCACGCCCCCGUAACCCCGUAACAAAAACACCAGAGAAGUGUUUUGUGGAGGAGGACACGUUCACAACAAUAAUUCAAUUUUCUCAGCUGCAUGUAAACGAGGACAAGGAGAGAAAAACGAAUAAUGAGCUUAGUCCGAUUAAACUGAGACUGUAAACGAACUGAGUGAUGAUAUCUCCAGGAACCUUCGUCCUCCAUCAUUCCUGCGAAUCCUCGUCUUCUUCAGUAACUCUUGGACUCUCUCUGUCGAGGUUCUGACCCCGUCAGGUCGUGACAGUGAACAGUAUUUUUCUGAAAAAUGAUUAUAAUGCUCAGAGGUCCAGGGGUCACACGUCCAAGCGAAGCCGUGACCUCUGAGUAAUUUGGUUUUUGUGUGGACAGUAAUCAGAGUGGGAGGACGGAGCUGAGGGACGGUGAUAGAAGGAGAAUAAUCAGUUAGAGCAGCUCGGCGGUCAGAGGAGUGCAGCGCUGAGACAUCUGGGAAAGUGAGAGAGGUGAGUUUGAUAGAAUCCAGGUACGCCCGAGAGUACGAGAGAAAACACUGGAGAACAUGGAGAGAGGAGGAGGAGGAGGAGGAGGAGAGAGAGAGAGAGAGAGAGAGAGAGAGGAGGAGGAGGAGAAGGAGAGGAGGGUGUUUUUGUUCAGAGCUACAGCAGAGAGGAUGAAACACAGAGCAGGUUUAAGACUCAUUAACACCCUCUUUACAAAUAAACAGAUAAGAGCCCUCAGUUAUUAAAUCUGUGUUAUUUCACAAUAAAAGCCCUGUGUUAUUAAAUCUGUGUAAUUUCACAAUAAAAGCCCUAAGUUAUCAAAUUUGAGUAAUUUCACAUUAAAAGCCCUUGGCUAUUUAAUCUGUGUAAUUUCACAAUAAAAGUCCUCAGUUAUUAAAUCUGUUUAAUUUCACAAUAAAAGCCCCCCGUUAUUAAAUCUGUGUAAUUUCACAAUAAAAGCCCUCAGUCAUUAAACCUGUAUAAUUUCACAAUAAAAGCCCUCUGUUAUUAAAUCUGUGUUAUUUCACAAUAAAAGCCCUCUGUUAUUAAAUCUGUUUAAUUUCAGUAUAAAAGCCCUCAGUUUUGAUAUUUGUUUGAUUUCACAAUAAAAGCCGUAAGUUAUCACAUUUGUGUAAUUUCCCCAUAAAAGCUCUCAGUUAUUAAAUAUGUGUUAUUUCACAAUAAAAGCCCUACAUUAUUAAAUCUGUGUAUUUUCACAAUAAAAGCCCCCAUUUACUGCUCUGUUGAAAUGUCUUUAUUAUGGAACGGCGUGAUGUGACUUGGCGGUUUCAGGUGGUCACAUUUGUAAACAUGGCUGCUGCUCCUGUUUCGGGUCCAGGUUUUCCUGAGUACCCCUGGUCUGAACUCUGACUCCGGAUCAGAACCAGUCCUUCACUUCUCUCCGUUUUUCUUCUUCUGGACGGAUUUAAAAGAGGCGGAAAAUUCUGGAAACUCUGAUUAAGGUCAAAAAAAGAAAGGAUGAAAACAGAGGAGAGUGAUGAGCCGUCAAACAUCUGAGGCUGAAAUUACACGCCGAGCGCGAACGCCACGGGAAAAAAGGGGGGGGGUGAGAGAGAGGGAGAGAGAGGGGGAGAGAGAAGAAAAGAAAAAGGGGAAAGAAGAGAAAUAGAAGGAGGGAUGGUCAUUUUUUGGAAAGAGCUGUUAACCUGAAACUGACGUGAGGAUCUAUCUAUCUAUCUAUCUAUCUAUCUAUCUAUCUAUCUAUCCUUUUUUUCAGCUGAUACAAACAUGUUCAUCCCCUCAUCCCUCCAUCAGACAGUAUAAAGACGAGUGUUUAAAGGGCCAGUUCAUAAUAAUUUAAAUCCAGUUUUUUACCUGAUCAGGUGAGAUAAACAAGGUCCAUGAAGCUGCUUUAUCAGCUGUUUAUAAAACAAAGAGGAGAAAAGGAGAGGAGAGGAGGAGAGGAGGAAGGAGACUGGAAUAAUAAUCAGUAUCAGUUCUUCUCAAAGCUUCAGUUUAUGGACCUGUAGAUCCUCCUUUAUAUUCACUCUGUGACCAUAAAACCUGAGGGACUGAGCCACUGUCCUGUGUGUGUGUGUGUGUGUGUGUGUGUGUGUGUGUGUGUGUGUGUGUGUGUGUGUGUGCGCGCGCGCGCGCACUGUAAACAUCUGUUUCACACACACACACACAGUGUUGUGCGAGGUUAUUCAGGGACACUACGAUCAGGAUGAUUCACACAGAAAGUGUCUCCUUGUUAGCCUUCUGUCCUCUUCCUCUCUUUCUUUCUCUUCUUCUCUCUCCUCUCCUUCUCUCCUUUUUCCUCCACCUCACUCUCUCUUUCUCUAUCCCUUCUACCUUCCUCUUUUUCUCCUCUGCACCUGUUCUUCCUGCUCCUGUUUUCUCUUCUCUCAUCUUUUUUCCUUUCUCUUUCUCUCCUCUUAUUUUCUCCUUGAAAAAAAACAAUAAAAAUCUCAUAUUUUAACUGUUCACAGUGAGUAAGUUUGUUGUGAUGCAUGCUGGGAGCAAGUUUUAGACACCAGAUCGAUCCGGCCUUGAUGCAGCGACUCUUCCCGCCUGCAGAGGGCGUCUGUGCAUCAGCUGUUACUAAAGAGGAGUUUGAUUGGUUCAGUAGAUGUUUUUGGCAGAGAGACGUCCACCUGAAGAGAGCAGGACACAUCUGGAGGUGGAGUACCGGACAGUAAAGGUGUGGUCAAGGUCACGGCGUGGAUGAACAGAGACGCCGCGGGGGAAUCGAACCCUCACGCUCCGCCCGUGUGCGGCGCUGCCGUGCUCUGCAGUUUCCUCACGUCGUCUGUUUGUUGAAUCUGGAAUGUGUCUGAGCAUAGUUUGGUUUGUGAGCCAUAAUCAAAUCAAAAUGUGUCUGCAUACUUUCCCAUGGGGACAGAGGAGGAGGAGGGUGAGGAGGGGGGAGGGUGUCCAAUUAAACGGUGACACUCGGGAGAUAAACAGACAGAAAAUAAUCAGGAGUUUCUAACAAAAGCUGAGAGGAAGACAGAGGGGACAUAUGUGGACAUCCGCUGGUGUGUCAGAUGUUAUUUUGGGACAUUUUCAGGAGCUGAAGCAUGUUUUGUCUCCGUGUGGAUAAAGCCGGCUGCUAAUGAGCUAAAAUACCAAAAAGUGUCGUAAUAGGAGCGCGAACAAAAGGAGCCGAGGCCGAAGUGUUUGGAUGUUUGAAUUCAGAACCUGUUCGCGUCACGUGGGCCGCACGUUUGCCGACAUUUUCACACAGAGAAAAUCACGACAUUUACUCCGCUGGGAACUUUGGUUCGAAAAGUUUAGAUGAGAGCUCAGAGGCUGAUCUAGUUUAGUUCAACAUCUGUUUGAUUAUUGAUUUUGGAUCAGCUGAGACCAGAAACUCGGGAUGUUCGUUCAGGUAGUCGUAAAAUCUCUGUAAGUUAUAAUCAACGAAACAAAAACAGACAGAAACACAACAAGAUCUCCACAAACACGACCCUGAGUUUAGUCUGGACUGGAUCAGCUAAGGCGACACCUUUAACCCCCGAUCUCCACCUUCAUCCUGAUCGUCUACUAAAAGGUCGUAUCCUCCGAUCGCAGCUGAUCGUAACCAUUCAAGUUAACGUGUCAAUUUACACCGACUUCUUUCCGUUCCUCUGAGGUUUGCCGGACUAUAUUUUUGGAGAAAAUUGCCGCCAUUCUGGAUGUGGUGGAAAUCUACCACAUCCAGGUGUUUAGAUGGAUCACAGUACCCACCUGUCACUGAGAGAGGCCACGCCCCUAAUUAAACAAACUUUGAUCUUUAACAGGUCAGUUCAGUUUAGAUUCAGUCUGAGUUAUAGAAACCCAAACUGUAGUUCCACCUGCUGAACAUGUUUAUUCCUGCUGUUAACAUGAGCCUCUAUGAGGACUGACUCACUUUGGAGGAGCCUCUAGUGGACGCUGGAGGAACUGCAGUUUUUGUAAUUUCAGUAUCAGCUCAGUUACAUUGUGGUACCCAAGUCAAACACAAAUAACCACUAUUCUGUAUUUGUUAUGUUUGUGUUUUGUUGCUUGUUUUUUGUUGGACAGCCUCUAGUGGACGCUGGAGGAACUGCAGUUUUCUCUGCAGCAGUCUGAGUUUGACCUCAACGUCCUGUCCAACAAGAAGACAAACACACUGAACUGAAGGUGAACUACUGCUGAUGGACUCAUAAUACCUCUACACACACACACACACACACACACACACACACACACACACCUGCACGGACUCAGAAUACAAGCACAGGUUGAAACAACUGGAGCGUAGUGAGAUUUGUCUGCUGUCCGGAAACUUCUGCAGUCCAGGGAGUAGAGCCAAGGUGUGUGUGUGUGUGUGUGUGUGUGUGUGUGUGUGUGUGUGCGUGUGUGUGUGUGUGUGUGUGUGUGUGUGUGUGUGUGUGUGUGUGUGUGUGUGUGUGUUUACAUAUGGAAACACACACACUGAUUUUCUGGUGUAAUAAACCUACAGCUUCGCUCUCAUUCUUAAAACCCUGACUGCUCCUCUCUCUUGUCUCCUCUCUCCCUCUUCCCUUGUCUCCUUGCUCUCUCUUUAUUUAGUCUCCUUGUUUAUGUCCUUUCGUUGUCCCCUCUCUCCUCCUCUCCUCUUCUCUCCUGUUUUUCUGACUCAUCUCUGUUGGAGUCGGAGUGUUUUUCUUUAUCAGGAGGUAAAAUCUGACUCCUGGUUUGUGUGUGAGUGUGUCUCCUAGUGUGUCUCCUAGCGUGUUCACGUCUCCUAAAUGUUGUUUAUAUUUUCUGUUUUAUUAAAAUCGAUCUUCCAGAUGAAGUUUCCGAACAUCGUCUUCUUCAGUUUAUUUAUCCUGCGUGUAUGAGACGUGAAGUGUGUUUGGACGCUCUCCUCUGCGCUGAGUGACAUAUAAACCUCUUUUUUAGUGCUGCUCGAACACUUCGGUUCGGACCGGUCCAGAAGAAUCACUCAUCCAUACAUUUAUGAUCCUCUCCUGCUGCCGUUCAGGAGCUUUAUUUCACGAUUCAGCGUCCCCGACUGAGUGAUGAGGCUUUAUGUCUCCAUUUAAGGGUUCACGACGUUUGGCCGUCGCCCCUCAAAUGUGUCCCGGACUGAAGCGGGAGCAGCGACCCGUGAGGUGAAGAUGAGUGGUUAGCAGGAGGUGGAAGUCCGAUUCUCACUGACGAGUAUCAUGACAGCAGACAUGAAGACCUGAGCCGGGUCCCAUCAUCGGGUACGCCCAGAAACAUUCAUGCCGUCUGAUUUGGACUGACCCCUGACCGUCUGAGAAACGUUCAUCCGGUCAGUGAGAACAGGUUUGUGGUGAAGCGGACUCUGUGGUUCUGACAGUCCAGCUUCUCUUCUCGUCGGUGUUGACUCUGUCUUCAGUCCGCUCGGUCUGGUUGGCGGCUGUUUUCCUCGUCUCUGCAGACGUGUGAAGGAUCUUGAACUUCUGCAGCUUUUGUGUUUGGUUAGCAGGAGAUCCUCCUCCGGGAUCCUCGUCCUCCUGGUCUCAGAUCCAUGAUUGUCUUUUAAUGACGCUGCGGUAUUUUCCCCUCAUAUUCAUGUUUUUUCAGCCUUUUUUACUGGAGCUUUAUCCAUAAUUGCGAGUCUUCUGGCCGGGAGCAGGUCUGUGAUAAACCGUCAGUGAAAAUCAGUUUGAACCCUGAACACUUAUAAAGCAGCUUGAUCCGUCCUAAGUCCUGGAUCAGGACUGGGUUCACGCUGACUUUGUGGAUUUAUCACUUCCAUCUCUGCAGACUUUUCAAAGACCUCUCAGCCUCUCUUUCACCUCUCCUCCCGUCUCCAAACGUCCCCCUCUCUGGCCCCGGGGCCUUCAUACAGACUCAACGUCACUUUAGGAGUCUCAGUUUUUCACGGCUUAAAGAAACUGGAUUUAAAGUCCUUUUGGGGGGACAGUUACUCAGGAAGUAAAACCUGCAGGCUGGUCCAGACUCUGUCUCUGGUUGUCUUCACUGACAUGUUGACCUGCUGAGCUUCUACACCUCUGUGUCUCUGUGUCUCCGUCUCUUGUUGCACUCUUAAUGAGAUCUGAAAUCCUCUGCCAAACCUCAUCACAUCCUUCAGACUCCUGUUCCUGGUCUUUAGCCCCCUGACCUUUCUCCUGACCCGUCUAACACCCUCAUGGCUGCACUCACGCCCAGUCAAACCCUGUAACGUCCACCAGACUCUGAGAACGUCCUUCUGCUGCUCCUGGGUCUUCUCUGUUUUGACUCCAUUAUCCCUUAUUUCCACUGCAUUCGAAACGGAGAUUAUGGACAGCAGGAAUCGCGAGAACUCACAAGAACCCGCGGAUUCACUUUCAAUCGCGUGAUAACGAGUUCUUAUCUGUUUCUGUUCCUCAGAGGAACGUAAAGAAGUCGGUGUAAAUUGACACGUUAACUUGAAUGGUUACGAUCAGCUACGAUCGGAGGAUACGACCUUUUAGGAGACGAUCAGGAUGAAGGUGGAGAUUAGGGGUAAGUACAUUGCUGUCAGAACUAUCAGUCCGCUCUUCUUUCCUGGUAGGUGGGUCUGAAACUGUCCCCAAACCCUUUCCCAUUGGUUCUUGUGGAACCGGACCGACCCUUGAGCGCCACUUUGGUGUAUCUGUAAACAACCAAGAUGGCGGCUUCCAGUGCUGAGCGGUCCAUUGAACCCACUUUAGGGCCGUUUUAAAAGAACCGGUCUGCUUAUUUUCGUCAUCAGAUUCCUCUCUCUGCGUUCACAUCAUCACACGCCGCAGUAAUCUGAUUGGUUGUUCGUCUUCUCGAUCAGUUCUUAAGGUUCCGUCUUCAUCAUUGGGUCGUCCCAGACUGCCUGGUUGGUCUCUGUCUUCAUGACCUUUGACCUCGCUCUGUCCUCUGCGGUACUGUGAACUCCACCAGACUGUAGCCUCACCUCAGACAGUCCAGCAGACAGGGUGUUAGUCUUACGUGGUUAAAGAAAACGAUGGAUUCCCCUGAAGACCACACCCUCUGGCUCUUUAGCUAACAGUCGUUCCGUCUCUCUUCAGCCUGUUGAAAGCUUUGGGAAUAAUAAGCAGCAAUGAGUCAGUCUGAGGGGAAGGAGGACAUCAGCUCAUCUCUCAGGGUCAUUUAUCUCCGUCAGGUUUCAUCUCAGCAGCCAUGUUGAAACUGUCAGAGUCGCCGUCUCUCAGACUCUGUGACGUCGCCUUUGGCCGUUUCCAGCGGUGGGAGUUUACUCCGUCUGCAGCUCCUGAACAGCUCCCUGCUGAUAGGAGGUUACUGUCCUGGUCCACACCUGGAGCCCAGAUGCUCUUUACACACACUAAUACACUCAAACACACCCGUGAUCAACUUUCCCUCCGUUUUCCUCCAUAUGGGCGACGCUUCGAUCCAAAACACACAGACUUUAUUUCCCAAAGUUUCCACUCUGUACAUACUUGGACUCCGAGUCUCACAAAGACACAGAAGUGAAACAAACGAGGGUACCCGACACGAGAAGAGCUUUAAUAAUACUCCAAAUACUGAAAUACAAUCCUGGACUUUUGAUUAUUUCACUUUGUGUGGGACGACCGGGGAGCAUACUGGAGAGAAAAUGAACUUUUCAGAACGUUGAAUUAUCGUGUUCCUCUGACCCAUUACCAGGACAGAUACUCUACUUUUCUCCUGACAUUCCCAUCAGCGUUACUUUGCAUAUAGAGCAGAUUUGCAAAGGUCACAAAAACAUUCACACUAACAUUAUGUGUGUCAGCACGCUCAUAUUUGCCUUCGUACCCCUGAUGGACCUUCAGACGGUCUGGACUGGAUUUGAUGGUGACAGGAAACAUGGAGAGAACAUGAACACGCUGCUGAAGUCCCUCAGGAGAAUCAGACAGGAGACGUUGUGGUCUUCUGCUAUGUGAAGGCCUAACCACUGAGCUGUACUUUAAACUGUUGCUCCUUCUUCUGGUCGUUAAAGUCUGUGUUCGUGUCCUCCACGGGAACAUCAGGAGUUUAUGGACAGAACAUACACACAAACUUCUACAGAGCUGACCAAACACAAUAUACUGUUGUGUCGUCUGGUGGUUGUGGUUUGUUCAGCUCAGGUUAGGAGUUCAGUCCAGUUUUAUGAUGAUCUGAAUCAGUCCUCAUGAACAUCUCAGGUCUUUUUCAGGGUCUUAGUAACACACUGUGAUUUUAAGAUGUUUGUUAAAAUAUGAUUUAAAGACCAAACUUAAACUUUUAAAGCUCCCGUAAGCGGUUUAUAGACCCUUAUAAAUGGACAUCACUGCCUUCUCAUGGCCGACAAAAGUGAACAAAGACCUUCAGCAUCAAGACCGAACAAUAACCCUGUAAACCAGUCUGUAAACGUGUUUAUUUCAUAUGAAUGGGUGUUUAUGGGGUCUCCUCAAACUUUAACAGAAACCCGAGGAACUGGAAGUGUUAGCGCUCCUGCGUUAUCGUCAUUUCUCAGCUCCACAUUUGUCUCCGACAUGGACGAGUCAAGUUUUCCAAGACAAGUGAGUGAAACCUUUCUAAUGUUUCUGUUUUUAAUGUUUGUUGUCGUCCGUCAACAAGCUGUUGGUUCAGUGGAGCAGCUAAGCUAGUUAGAAAGCAUGUUUGAGCUAGCUUCCAUUCUGGACUAAUAGGGUAAAGAAGCUAGCUUAUUGGAGAGAUGUACAGAAUACUUGUGCUGCGUUCGAGUUACCUCAGAAGUCGGAGAUGAAAAUGACGUCACACCUGAGUUUCCAGCGUUUCAGUUACAGAGUCAGAAAAAAACAAAAUUGGAGGUGGAAACAAGAUGGCUACGUCUGUGAAAGUUAUUUUAGCGCCUACCUUGUAUUCGGAUAAGGCACGGGGACUGUCCCCGUUUUGGACGGCCUGUCCCCAGAAAUGUCCCAGAUUGAAGUGUUUCAUGAAUGAGAACAAAAUGUUGCGUGUAGAUUAGAACAACGGUUAUUAUGGUAGCUGAGUAGGUAGGAAGUGCGAGUUAGCAUGUUUUGCGUAUAGUCCUGAACAACAGUCUUUAUUACGGAGGGGUGUGCGCUAGUACCGAGUUGUUGUCUGUGAUCACACAGACAAUAUUUUGCUUCGCACCCCCCACUCCCUGGAUGUCCCCUGAUUUCAGAAAUCUGGUCACCUUAUUUUUAAUUCUUGUACACUCACUAAACACUAAACUGAACAACAGUGGACGAAGGUGCUCGACGCUUUAAUGUGUUUAUUUGAACUGAGGAAAUCUGAAGACGCUGGUGGAGGAUAUGAGUGAUUAGAGAGAGCGUACAAAGUCUGGAUGGUUGAUAUGAAAUAGAUGAAAUUCAAAGUUACGCUUCAUGUCACGGUUGUGUUGUACCACCAUGACCAGAUUAAACUGCAUCAGGAAUGCAAAUGAAGAAGGGAGGCUGACUGCUCUUGUUACUUCUCCACGGUUAGACGUCCGUCGGGUCGUUGGACACGCAAACAAACAGCUGGAUGGAGAUUCUUCGUGGAGGCGCUCAGGAGGAGACGAGCUGAAGGUGAGAGAGAAUCGAAUAUACCGACUUUAAAACUUUACAGAAAUAAUCUAAUACAGGUGAACUUUUACACCUGAGUUCAGAAGAUUUAACCUUUUUUUCUGUCGGUAUCCUUUCACAGUGGAGUUAUAUUUGUUAAGGUUUGGAAAAAGGAGUCUCUGAUCGUUUUUCAGGGUUAUGUCGUUUUUACGUCUAUGUUAAAUAAUUGAGUGUAUUUUCUGUGUUCUUGUUACUUCAGCGAAAUACAAAGGGAAAAGGUCUAAAUUACAAAUGCUAAUUUAAUGACGCGUCAUGUUUCUGAGCCUUAAAUAAAAUACUGUAUGUCCAUGUGUUUUUAUCUGUUGUUAACUUUAUUUGAUGAAACACAGCAUCGUCUGCAUACAGAUCAAAAAUAACCGUUUACAGCACCACCUAAAAAUCUGAGUUAUUUAUCUCCACAUGACUGGACCAUCUGACUCUAAAUAAAUAUCUGUCUGCUCCAGCUGCAGCUCUGUUUGUGAAAUUCCACUGAAAAAUUACUUUCUGAUAAAAAAAAAAAAAAUCAUGCAAAUGUGGCCGCAGCCUCAGCCCACAGCCGCUCUCAUAAAACCAAAUCCAUGUCUUCAUUCAGCUUGUUUUGAAUACACCAGAUGUCCACUGAGACUCUCCACUUGCUGUCUGCCAUGCAAAUCAACAGGUGGGUCCAGUUUCAAAUGAGCUUGUGGUGAAACAGCCGAGAAACAAAAAGGUUGAAUUACAAACAGGAAAUCCUCUUCGAUGCAGAACCAGGAGGGAUGGAUGUUGUUUAGACUGAGGACUCAAAGUUGAGACUGAGGUGUAGAAAAACCAGAUAGUCUUUGAGUGACUCUUAAAUCUGAGUUUAGGAAGUCUCAGAGUGACUUAAUCUUCAGGACAAACUGGUGAAAAUAUCAGGUUUGGGUUCCUCAGAGAAGCAGCAGAUAAAAACAUCUUUACAGUACCAGUUAGAAAUCUGUUCAAUAAUCCAAACAGAUUUCUUUUUUAGAUUAAUGUGAAUGUUUGUUCAUUUAAAGGGAUAUUUCAGCACAAAAUUACGGGUCAAAAACACCGAGUUAGACCCCCCCUCCAGAGAUGAAUGUUGUCGACCGCUUGAUUCUCUAGUUAUACCAACUUUAGUAACGACCGCAGGCGAGCAAUACAGAGAGACACGCCCUCAACCAAAACGCCACUCUAUAGCCACAAAUAAUGCUCAGAACAGCACCUAACUUCAUCAACAGGACAUAUAGGGUCACAGACAUAGUACUAGACACCAAACAUCUUUUUAACUUUGACUCAUUUCUUUAGCAAAGAGACUAAACACAACUCACCUACUCUCUUCCAGCAGACGCUUGUUUGUGGGGGAGCCCUGACGAGUCGAUCACCGAGUGCAGCGGGUUAUUUAUGAUUAUUACUUCAUAGAAAUGCAAUCAGACGGAGACGCUAAAGCAGAAGAAGUACCGCGUCUGCAGUGCAAAUGAUUACUAUGAUGAUUAUUACUGAAAGGAAAUGAUCUGCCGGGUGUCUAACUCGGUGUUUCGGUGUGUUAUUGUUAAAUGACAAAGUGUUAAAUUAAUUCCACGCAGGAAUGUCCCUUUAAAGGCUCGGGGUUGGUUCGUGUUUGGAGCAGCUGGAGACUCUUAAAGACCAGUCACUGAUCCUGAAAACCUCUUUUUUUCUCUUCUGCAGAUUCUAGAAAACUGUGAAGAUGAAUCAGUCUGAAGCAAACUUCACCUCUGACUUUCACUUUGAUGAGUAUGAAUAUGGAAUCGUAACUUUGUUCUCCAUCAACUUCUUCUUCGGACUCCCGGCAAACAUCUACGUGGUGUAUCAGAUCGUCAGUGGAGGUUGUGGAGCUGUGGCCUCUGAGUUCUUCGCCCUGAAUUUGGCCGUGGGCGAGGCCCUCCUCUGCAUCUUCUCCUUCCAUCUCUUACUUCAGUUCCUGCUGAAGAUAGAUCUGCUCAUUUGGUAUAAGCUGGUUUAUAUCAUGAUGCAGCUCAUGUUCAUUUCAAGGCCAAUCUUCCAGGGGUGGAUCUGUCUGGAGCGGUACCUGGCUGUCGUACACCCUACGGUCUUUCUCAGGUAAGAGACGAAGAUUCGCCUCAUCUCUAACUUUGAGAAUUGUCUUCUCAGAUCUUCCUGCUCUGGACCAUCACCUCCUGAAGAGUUGUAUUUUCUCUCUGCAGGGUCAAACCUCUCCGUUACCGGCUGCCGUGCUGCGGGGUCACCUGGCUGCUGAUUGUCCUGGACAGCGUUGUCGGUCCGCUCUCACUGGAUUUUGUGAAGUUCAUCUCUCUGUUCAUGUUUAAGUGUGUGUUCAUGCUGGUGCUCAUGAUGUACUGUGGCGCCCAUGCUCUCUGUGUGCUGAGGAAGCCGGGACCCGGAGAUGGGGGCGGGGAGCGCAGGAGCCAGAACAGCAUGAAGGGAAAGGCCUUCAAGGUUAUCAUGAUCACUGCGUCCUUCUUCAUCGUGACUCUGUCCAUCCAACUCUUCCUCGUGGGUCCGGCGAUGAUAUAUGGGUCAUAUGAGGUCACUAUCAGGGCCAUAUUAGUCGCCGUGUUUGUCAGCAUCAUCAGCGGGUUUAUCUCACCUCUGCUUUACCUCCACAGAGCCGGAAAACUGCCCUGCAUCAAAUUCUGAGUUUGGAGAAAUGAAAACCGAACGCUAACAGGUCAACGCUGAAGUUCUUCUCUUUUACGCUUUAGUCUCUAAGUUUCCUCGGUCCUGUGAGGUCUAAUCUCAAAGAAUCUACUGCUUAUAUGUCUAUGUGUCUGUCUUUAUAGAGACAAUUCGUUAUCCGCGGGUUCUUGUGAUUACCGCUGUCCGUAUUCCGCCACAAAAUUUGCCUCACCAACGAUCCGGUAGGAAUUGGCGUACGGCGAAAAUCGCUGCCGUUCAGAGGCGUUCUGGAUGUGGUGGAAAUCUGGGGUUAUAAUCCUGAUCUGAAGGGUCGAGUUUGUUUUGACAAACCACUCAAACCCUGAUCAGACUAGAAAGGGUCUCUUCCAUUUCCAUUUUAUUUCCCUGAUGCACCCUGAGGCCUCCGUUCUACCCGACCCUUCACCCUGGACAUCAAACUACCUUCUACCACCUGAUCGUAAAACCCAGUGGGAUCUUGGGGUCUUGGGGUCUUGGGGUCUUGUGCAGAUUAAGGUCAGAGCUGCAAAUAAAGGCCUGCAGUGUCAUUAUUUCUGUUUGUGCAAAUCUAGAGUUAGAAUCGACCGUCGGUCAGAGAUACUGAUGUUGGAAACCUUCAGCAGUAAAUCCAAAGUGUCAGAGAUCUAACAUCAUAGAAGAUCACAAACAGACACUGAAACCUCUCUGUGUGGGGUGAACUCCGGACUCAACACAUACCUGAAGAGCUGAGGUGGAGGAUCCUCCACGUGCCGGGUAGAUCUGGUGCAAAGUGGGGACACUCUCCACGGAUGACAUUCAGAUAAAAGUUUCAGUCCUAAUGAAAAUAAAACACUUUCAAAGUUCCUCAAACUCCUGCGUCUGUCUCCGCAGAAAGAAACACAGCUGUCUCUUUACGGCGGCGGCGGCGGCGUCUGAAUAUCCAUCUGAGGAUGUUUGAACAGAGAGUCAUGACUCCUCCGCCGUGACACGUCGCUGCUUUAUUCUUCAAAGUUGGAAAUAAAUAUUUCCCCAACUAAAACACUCAUUUGCCGAACACGAUGAAGGGCAUUAUUCAUGUCAUGAGCUGGUAUCAUGAAAAAGCCCAUCACUGGGGAGCGCAAACAUUCAGGCGGUAGCAGCAGCAGCAGCAGCAGCUUUAUGUAACACAUCUAAAAAUCCUGUUAAGUGCUAAUAUGAGGCCGUAUAUGGGAGGAAAAACCUGCUCCCGCACUUCACAGGAAUGAAAACGCUGCGAUAUUCACAGGCGGCUUUGAUUGUCGAGGUCAAACUGAGAGCAGCAGGUUCAGGCAACCUCAGAUCUUCUGUCACACACACACACUUUCACACAUUUACACAACUCUACAUACAUCCUGCUGCACACACACUCCAUCCUCGGCUCCUUGAUGUUGCAGUUACAUGAUGUAACAGCGGGCCUGGAUGGCUCCCAUGGGUGCUGGUUAGUCGACUUAAUGGACUGCCACAGCUCGCUUCAAAGACUCCCGGAGUCAAAAGAGUCAAGAGCGAUGGAGAGGAAGAGGAGGCGAAAAAAGAGAAACACGAGGAAGGUGAAGAAGUCAUCGUCUGAGUCGGCCUCGGAGACGCAGAAGUUAGAGGUGGGGAGUGGAUCCUGAAGGUCUGAGGUGGAUUUUCUGUUUACCUGGUUUCUCUACGAUGAAUUUAGAUGAAAGUGUUUAAAGUGUAGAAAGACUGACGAGGUUCAGAUUAGCUUGACUGUGUUUGAAAUGUUUGAUUCACUCUUUAAUAAACUUUAAUAAACUAAAAAACUGAAACCUGUUUUCAGUUUUGUUCAUGUUCAUGUUUUUAUAACCGGUUCAGAUCAAAGUUUGGACAUUUAGAAAAGUUUAAAAAUGUCGAUAAAAUCAGAUUUUAAUAGUUUAAAAAAAAACGUCUUUAUAAUUUUAAAAUACAAAGAUAAAAUGUCUGAUCUUGAAAUGAGUUUUGCUGUUUUGUGGGGGAAAAAAAACAAACUCAUUUAACAUUUGAUGGAGCAACAUGUUUAAAGGGAUAUUCCGACUAAAAAUUAAUUUAGGGUCAAACACACCGUAACACUGAGUUGGAUCAUAAAUGUUCUUCCUUGAGCUGUGACACCCCGCUGUAGUCCGUAAUGGACUGGCCUGAGGUCUCUCUACAAACAAGCGUCUGCUGGAAGAGAGUAGGUGAGUGUCAGGGUGUCUAACUUGGUGUUACGGUGUGUUUGACCCUAAAUUAUGCGCUGAAAUGUCCCUUUAAGUUCACUAACAUCUACUGAGGGUUGAGAAAAGAAGAGGGUUUAUGUGCCGCCGUUUCUUCUGAUCUGAACUUGUUUCAGACCCGAAUUAAAGACGAGUUUUGGACUUUGUGAGAGACUUUGAGGUUAAAACUGUCAGGCUGUUGAGAGAGGCUCUUAUUGGGAGGAAAGUGUUGAAGGAAGAAAUGAAGGACACAAGGAGAGAGAGAGGAGGAAGAGGAGGAAGAGGAGGCACGUGGCUGAAAACCACAAACCGGUCUGUGAUCAGUUCAGAUCUUUUGAUCAGGCUGCUAACUGCCUGCAGACUCUGCGGUUCUGGUUUUUUCAGGCUUGUAUGUUUCCAGUACUGCUGGCAGAACACUCAUGGCACACUCAGAAACACACACUCUUACACACUCUUACACACACAUGUUAUCCUAAAACACACACGAUUGGCAGGUGAAGCUUAACAUCAAGGCUUUAGCCAAACACACACCAUGUGUUGAAACGCAGAGCAGAGAGGGAAGUUUGGAGAAGGAGGGUCGGACUUUGUGAAGUUCUUCACCGAAGCAUCUCGAUAUUUUACAUGGAGGGAAAGAAGAGUGGUCUCCACACACACACACACACACACACACACACACACACACACACACACACACACACACCAGAGGAAAACUUCCUCCAGUUCAUAAAAACUCCUCUGAACGGAGAAAUCUUCAGAUUUGGAAACAGAUGAACUGAUCCAACAGACCCACCAAGACCCGGUCUGAGAGUCUUUAAAGUCCGGCUCAGACAAGUCCGUCUGCAGGAUCACUUUUGUUUGUGUUUUUGAAAAUUAGUCGUCACGUUGACUUUGGUUGAUUUGACGGUUUUCUCCUUAAAUCAUUUCUGGAUUAAUUUCCACACACAAGAACACAGAAAAUCAACCACCUCGCUAACUUUUAUUGACUUUUUAAGCUGCAGUUCCUCAGGUGACCGCCAGAGGCCGCCUCCCAAAGUGUGCCAAUCCCCAUAAAGCCCCAUGUUUAAAUCUUGACAGCAGACAUAAUCAUGUUUGGUACACACGUCUGUUUUGCUCCUUGUCUAUGACAGAUGUGUCCCUGAACUAAACCAGGACUCACCUGUUUACGUCACCUGUUCAGUCUGAAGAGACGUCACGUCCUCCCAAUCCUGUCUGUGAUAUUUUGAGCCGCCUCCAUCUUCUUCCAUCGACCUGUAAACACUCCUAAUGAACAUAAAUAUGUAUCUGCUCUUUGUGUAUCUAACCGUUGAGUGAUGAAUGUUCGCUUGGUUUCGAAUGUUGUGAUUUUUGCGGUUGUGGGAAAAGAUGAAACAGGACUUUGCAGAAAGCAGCUGCUGAAGGUCCGUUUCUCACACUGAGCAGAAACGACGCCGAGCUUCAUCAAGACAAAUAAAGAAAAAGAGUCCUGAUUGGAGCUGCUCUCAACCCUCAGAUCCUUCCACAAAAACACGACGAGGUUAGAAAGUCCUUCACAGUUGGUGAGAAGUUUAAUAGAGCCCAAAUCACAACAAAAAAUUAUUACAUAAAAAAUUAGUCAAAAGAGAAAAUAAAGAAUCAAAAUCAAAUAAACACAUGAAAGAAAACAAACAAUAAAAGAAAACAAAUGAUUAAAAAUUGAAUAAAAGACGAGAAGAGGAAAUAAAAAUGUAGGAAAAGGGAAUUGAAAAAAAUGGAAGUAACAAAAUACAAAAAAACUUUUUGGAAUUUUUUUUCUUUUUUAAAUUUAAGUAAGAAUAAUAAUUAAUUGAGAUGAAAAGAGCAGGAAGACUGAAAAAGGAAAAGAGAAAAAGGGGAAAAAAAGAAUAAAACAAUCUAAAGAAAAAGGAAGAAAAAAAAUCAUUUAAAACCAAAUGACAGAAAUAAAUAAAAUUAAAAUAAAUGAAAGUUAAAUAGAAAAAAUAAAAAAUAGAAUAAAAACAAACUGAUAUAAAGAAAAACAGAAUUACAAAAAAAGAAAGAAUGAAAAAAAAUGUUUUUUCAAAUGUUUAGAUAAUAAUGCCCCUUAGGUCCACAUAAGCACUAAAGCUCUGCACACAGUUUAAACACACACACACACACACACACACACACACACACAGUUACUGCCCGACUUCCUGUUCAUUGUGUCACGUUUGAUGUUUAAAUUAAAGCCAUCAAUCAACAUUUGGCUCUUAUUAAAGUCCCCCUCGGAGCGAGCGAGUGAGCGAGCGAGAGAGAGAGUUAGAGAGUUAGUCUUGAACCUGUGUUGUCCUCUGUUGUCAUGAUUUAGUGUUAAUUUCUGUUUUUAUUGAUCCCUCAAACUUCAUGGUUCCUCUGAUCAGGAUCCUUCAGGUCCAGCUGGAGAGACUUUCUUCUUCUUUGGUUUUAUGGUCUUAAUCUGGUGGAUUUAUUCUGCCUGCAGCAGUGAAGCUGACUGUGGAGGUUACAGUUGAAUUAUGGGUAAACUUGGCUGAGAUGGAAAUGGACUGAAUGAUUUUUAAUUCUACGUUGAAAAGACAACUUUCAAUCUCCUCCUUUCCAUGCGGAGAUUCCCACUCCAGAGUCAUGUGACUAACAUGUGACUAUAAUCAGAGUUCUCAAACUCUGAUUAUAGUCGGACUAAGGUGUUUACAUGACCUUCAGUUGUCCGGUCUUAAUCGGAAUAAGGCGAUAAUUCGGUUUUCUCGAGUGUCAUGGAAACGGACUGUCUUGUGUUCACUCGCUUCAGUCCCAACAUGGUUGCUGCUUUGUUUGUGGUCAUGUGACGGUUGCUCUGGCCGAGAUGUUCUCCAAGGUCAGGGUUAGGACACUGGAUGGUCCCGGCUCGUUGGCGUCUUUGGGCAGCAGCUGAGGACGAGUUCGGACGCGCUCUUCUUCUGGCACAUCAAGCCUGUUCGGAUGUUUCUAAUCCCCUAAAAAAAAAGACCGGUUUCAUGAAAACCCUGACUCGUCUGGUCCAGACUUGACUCCCAGCUUCUCCUCCACCUCUGCUGUGGAGCUCCGGCCCUCUUUGGUUUGGGAACACCGUCCUGAGGAGUCACCCAAACAUGGACGAUGUGUUAAACAAUGGAGUAACAGAAAAACACGAUGAAGGAGAUCCAGACUUGACGGACAGAAAAAAGGAAGAAACUGAAUCCAAGACAAACGUUUCUGAGGAAACUGAAGGAAGAGAAGAAGAGAGGAACACGAAGGAGGAGAAGAAGGAAGAAAGGAGGAAGUAAUUUGGCUGUCAGAGUGAGGCGGAGAGACACGAGAGGACGACAAAUCAACACAAACAGACCAACACAUGUCCAAACACACACACAUGCUGCAGAGUGUGUCAGAGCCAACACUCACUCAGAUGUAUGUUUGUCUUACCGGCUGUUUUUCCACUCACCCACUCACCCACUCACUCACUCACUUGCUGGGUGGAUGUUUACCUUGCUGCCUCGCCCACAUCCUCCUCUUUUUCCACCAUCGUUCAUAUUUCAGCGUUUAUUACAACUCCAGUUCGACGUUUCAUUUACUCCCCCGUUUCAAACCUGACAACCAACCAGACGACCUGACAGGAAGUCCUGAGGGCCGUGCUCCGAUACCGCCGUCAUGGAAAACCCCAAACAUUCAGUUUAGUAUCAGAAACAGUAAAAAUCUCUUGGUAGGACCGACUCUGAACAGACCAGAUCCCAGACCGUCCCGCUCUCAUCAAACUCUGUUGGAGCUUCAUCGAUCCUCUACCUGUCGGCCCGCAGACUCCCAGCUGACUCCUAACUCGAGUUGACCUGCGCCACUCGAGCGUCGUCUCCUUUUGUCGUCGUCCUCGGUGAUGCAGGUGUUUCUGCUGAACCAAUCAGAGCGCAGAGCAGCCUGUCGGCGGCGGCGGCUUCCCGUGUCUUUGUCUGUGGUGCUCCCUCUGUUCGCUCCCCCGAUAAAAACAAUUUGUCUGAAUUUGUCACGGUUUGUAGAAACUUCCAGGUCACUGAGACGUGGUCCCGGAUUAGGACGACAAAGACUGAGUGUGUUUUGUUUUGGUCUGCCCCGUGAAAGAGGUCGAUGAAGUUUGUGCUUCGAAUAAUUAGACAUGAACUUUAAGGUUUAACACGGCGUCUGUGUUCUGGAUGAGCGGCACUGCUGAAUAAUGAACUUCAGCUGCAGUUCCUUAAGUGUCCACAAGAGGCUGUCUCCUGAUGUGAGUCAGUCUCCGUGUUUAACCCUGUUGAAGCUCCAUCCAGCCGACUCUGUCCCCAAAGAGUUCAUAAAAUCAUCAUUUUAAACAUUUUUUUUUACUUUUUUCGACUCUAAUCUCUUAAAUAACUUCAGCCCUGAUCAUUAAAAAGAUAAUGAAUAAAGAAUUUGAUGUUUUUCCCUUUUUAUUCCAGUUUUUGUUCACCGUCAUAUUUAUUGAUAAAGUCUGUUGGAGCAGAAAAACUCGACAUUUUCUCCUCCUUUUCUCGAACCUCGUCCUCGACCAAAUCAAAUACGAUCAAAUUCAUGUGUUCAUAAUAAAUUAAUUUUAUAUAUAAACAUAUAAAAUCAGCAGAUAUAUGUAAGAUAGGAAUCAUUUCUGAGUGUUUAUCCUCCUCUAACUAAAAUCUGACCGUGAUUACUCUGAUAUAAAAAUAACUGCUGAUUUGAGAUGUGAUAUCUUCUCCCCUGAUGAUCUGAAGGACCUGUUCAUCCUCAUGCAUGUCCAUCCACCUGCUCUGAAGUGAGGACAAAGUUGAAAUUGUCCAAAUGUCCCCCUCUCUUUGUCCCACACUGCAGAACUUGGACGUCAGAUUCUCGACUGUAAAAACUCGCGUCAUGCCCGGUUCUAAACAUGGACGCAGAUUCUCACCCGUGCACACACGCAGGAGCACACAGACUUCUCCUUCCACACAUAUCCCACUCUGAGACAUCCAGAUCUAGUGUCCUGUAAAGUUUCCUUCAUGUCUGAGGAUGUUUAGUGGAUGAAUCUUCAGACUCUCUCAGUCCAUGAAUGAAGACUUGCUGGAGCCGUAAACACACGCUCAAAAAAACUGUUUUUAAUGGAAGUCUAUUGGCCGAUUUGUGGACGAAGGAGGGUGGGCGGAGCUAAAGUGACGGAGAACAACAGGAGACACCGAGGGUUUUUUUUUAAUAUGAAGAAAAAUAAGAACUCUCACUUAAUCUGAUGCCCCGAUCUUUAAAACUGUGACUGUCAGCUCAGAAUAAAGAUGACAAAAAUGGACAAAUGGAACUGAGGGUUAAGUGUCGAAAUUUUACCAAAUAACUCUCCAGAUUCAAGUCUCUCCAUGAAAAACCAAACCUGGUUUUGCCUCCUGGAGGUGUGUCCAUGUCUGUGACAUGAACCUGCUGUUAAACUUCCACCUUCUCUGCCUGUUUUUACCGUCUGAUCUCAGAGGGACUCGAGGAGAAAGUCGUUGAGUUUCCUUUUCUCUGAAUUUUUGGAAAUGAGGCUGAAACCCUCACUCCUGUCGAAUAAACAUCUGAAAUGGAAAUGAAGCUUCUCUGGAGACUAAGAUCAGGGCUACCGUACUGAACCGUUACGGACUCAGAGAUCCAGACUCAUGUUUCACAUACAGGACUCUGUGGUCUUUGUAGACGGGUUCAUGAGGAGCACUCGGUUCCUCUGUCCAGGUGAGACUCUUCAGCUCAGAGCCUCUCAGUUUUUCCAUCAGACACGUUCAUGGAGUUCAGUCCGGACUUGAAAAGGCAGGUUUUUGUUUUUCUGGCCCUGACACCUGGACCGGGUUCGAGCGGUUCCUUUAAGUUCGUGGACUUUGACAGAACUCAGACGUCCUCACGGACACCAGAGUUCAGAUCAGACGAUAAAAACCCUCAAAGUUUGAUCUCAUGUUUGUUUGUUUGUUUGUUUGUUUGCAGGUGAAACACAACGGUCUGAUCCAGGACAUGAACCAUCUGACAGCAGGACCCAUCACUGUACCUGGUCAGUACACACACAAACACACACAAACACACACAUAUACACAACAUCCCAUGAUGCCCCAGUUGUCCUCAGAUCUUAUGUGUGUUUGUCGGUCCAUUCACCGCCUCAACAAUAUCCUUUUCUUCACUCUCUUCUUCUCUGUUCCCUCCUUCUCUGUUUAGUAAACAGCACCAGUGUGUGUGUGUGUGUGUGUGUGUGUGUGUGUGUGUGUGUGUUGUGUUGUGUGUACCUCAGAGAUUUAACUGAGCGUGAAAACGUGCAGCUUAGGACAUUCAUUGGCCCGCCUGUCUGCUGCAUUCCUGUGUGUGUGUGUGUGUGUGUGUGUGUGUGUGUGUGUGUGUGUGUGUGUGUGUGUGUGAGUGUGAGUGUGUGUGUGUGUGUUGCUUAAGAGCCAAGAAAUAACUGAGAACAAACAGUAAAGAAGUGUGUGUCUAUUAUCAGAGGGGACGGCUGAUGUUAUAUAAUGAGUCAUAAUAAUAAAACCGACUGAAAUACGACGGCGGACGGACGGACAGAAAGUUGGACCUGAUGGUUCUGCUUCAUGAGUUUGGGUUCUGUGACCCGAGGUGAACCAAAAGAUAACAAAGACACUCGGCCGUGUCAGAAAAGUGAUUUAAUUAUCCUUAAAAGGGACUUUAAAUCAAUUAGUAUCCAUCCGCCGGACCCUGAGCUGGUGCUGAAGAGCGGUCCGAUCCUGAACCGGGUCCACUGAGAGGCGGAGAGAGUUGGACCAAACAAACUUUCUGUGACGUGUUUGUUUCACGUCCAACAGCUGAUCUCAGAUCUGGUCUUUGCAUAAACUGACGCUGUGAUGACGCUCGUGUGGGUGUUACUUUUUACACCGUCAUAAAACAACCUUUAGAGAAAUCAGCUGCUGAGUGGACUCAUCCAUCAGAACUUUCCUGAGAGGAACCCGACACUGAGAUGUAGCCGCGUCUCAAAACGAGAAUUACACAAGUUACAGAGCAGAUACAGUAAAACUGAGACUCCAAGGAGACGGCAGGAGAAACAGGAACUCACAAGAGACAAACAGAGAGACGAUAAAACUCAGACUUCUGUGAAACAGUGAAGCUGAGACUUGUUUUCAAAAACAGAUGAACAGUGAAACUGAGACUCGGUGAAGACAGCAGGAGAGAGUAAAACUUGAACUAAAGAGACUAAUGGUAUCACUUGUAGUACACAGAGACAGUGAAACAGACACUUUAAAGCAUAGUACGCCACAGUAAAACUGAGACUCACUUAAAACAGUUAUAGAGUUAUAGAGUGACAGGAAAACUUCGAAAACAUGAUGGAGAUACAAUGAAACUGAGACUCUUUAUAAACAGAGGAAAAUACAGGGAGACAUAGACCUGUUAAAAACAGAUAAAGGUACAGUAAAACUGAGACUCCAGGAAGAUGACAGGAGAAACAGGAACUCACAAGAGACAAAAGGAGAGACGAUAAAACUCAGACUUCUGUGAAACAGAUACAGUGAAACUGAGACUGAGUGGGACUAAAGAGACCAGUGGUAUCACUUGUAGUACACAGAGAUACAGUAAAACAGACCCUUUAAGUAAAACUUACUUGAAAACGGUGAAGACACAGUGAAUCUGAGACUUUGAAGAGAAAUUCUGAGAUACAAUGAAACUGAGAGUCAGUCGAGACAGGUGAGAAACACAAAAACUAAGACUCCUCUGAAAGACAUGGAGUGAAACAGUAAAACUGAGACCCAUCUGAAUCAGAUGGAGAUACGAUGAAGCUGAGACUCUUUUUGAACAGAACAGAGAGAUGGAGACCUGAUAAAACAGAUGGAGGUACAGUGAAACUGAGACUCCAUCAAUAAAUAUAAAAAUACAGUAAAACUGAGAUUUGGUGAUAAAAAUCUAAGAAACGAUGAAACUCAGUUCAUGAUGGAUCAGAAUGAACAAGUGAAAGAUGAAUGAAUGAAGGUGUUACAUAAUCUUAUUCAUUAAUGCGACACACACACACACACACACACACACACACACUCUGACACUUGUUGAGUGUCAUUGGAGGGGAAACCGGUUCCUAAUGGGGUGAAAAUAGAAGCACUGUUCACACACACGCACACACACACAAACCGACACAGUCAUGCAUGAAACCAUGAUCCAGGCCGACACACACACACACUCAGAUGGUCAUGUGAUCAUGCACGUGUGGCCUCAUACACACACACACACACACACUCAGACUGUGAGAGUUCAGCUCAUUAGCGCUGCUCUUUAAAAAAACGGAUGAUUGUCGAGCGUUUCCUAAAAUAGACGUUUGUUCGCUCAGCUGUCGACUCCGACACAACAGAGCUGUUGUACGUCCACAUGGGAAGAUCAGGAGUGAUCGGAGAACUGAUCUGAAGACCCAUCUGUGACGCCCCACUGCACCGCUUCUUCUGUUAGCAAACAUCCAGGGUCCGGUUUGACGGGUCUACGAACACCUGAGAGAGACGCACCAGCGCCACUCCAUCAGCUCCCAGAACCUCCUGACAGGAAGUCAAAGAGAGAGAGAGAGAGAGGUCAGAGGCGUCGUUCAGUGAUGUCUUCAUCAUUGCAUCUUUUUCUCAUCAUCAUCAUCAUUAGGGCCCGAGCCAGCUGCAGAGCAGCCGGGCGUAGGCCCUAUUAUUCCCCAAGUGGUUUUUCUUUGUUUCUUUCUUUCUUUCUUUAGGGCCCGAGCGUAGCUGCUAAGCAGCUGCGAGAGCCCUCUUGUUCCUGCAUGUUUCCUUCUUUUGUUAUUAUUAGGGCCCGAGCCAGCUGCAGAGCAGCCGGGCGUAGGCCCUAUUAUUCCCCAAGUGGUUUUUCUUUGUUUCUUUCUUUCUUUCUUUCUUUCUUUCUUCUUUUUCCUCCCCUUUGAACUGGAAAAUGGCCCACUUCCCACUGGCGAAAACUCAUGAAAUUUGGCAGGACGACCGGGCCUGGUGAAAAAUUCGAUAUUCUGAAGUCGCCCAAACAAUAAAAUGCAAAAUGGCUCCAUAGCGCCCCCUAAGGUGGAAAUUCACACUAUUGACUGUCACGCCUGUACGCUUUGUCAUAUUGACACAAAAAUUGACACACAUAUGUAUCUCAAUAAGAUCUACAAAAAAGUCAGUGCGGGCGUAUCUGUCAAAUGUACGGUUAAAGGGUUAUUUCGCAUUUUUUGCCGAUCCGCACACAUUGGAAUUUCGCUAACUCCUCCGAAGGCUUUCGUUCCACCGGCACCACAUUUGCUCAGGCCAAUCUACACCCCGUGGCCAUUAAAAGUUAUCAAAAUCAUGACGCUGCACCCCACGGUUUAGGUUCUAGGGGGCGCCAAAGAUAACACUAAAAUCCACAUAUUUAAAAGUCUUAUAACUUUUUAUUUUUGUCCUCACUGGCCUCCAAGUUUUCUAGGAUGAUGCAAUGUCCAGCCAUCAACACAUUUGUGAAGGAAUUUUUACUCCCCAAAAGAGCGCCCCCCCAUGGCAGGAGAAAAAAGUCCAUUUUUUCUUGUCCCCUAAGGUGAAAAUACACAUUGUUGAGUGUCACGCCUAUACGCUUUGUCAAAAUGACACAAAAAUUGACACACACAUGUAACUCAAUAAGAUCUACGAAAAAGUCAAUGCGCGCGUAUCUGUCAAAUGUACGGUUAAAGGGUUAUUCCGCAUUUUUUGCCGAUCCGCACACAUUGGAAUGUGGCUAACUCCUCCUAAGGCUUUCGUUCCACCGGCACCACAUUUGCUCAGGACAAUCUACACCCCAUGGCCAUUAAAAGUUAUUCAAAUCAUGACGCUGCACCCCACGGUUUAGGUUCUAGGGGGCGCCAAAGAUAACCCUAAAAUCCACAUAUUUAAAAGUCUUAUAACUUUUUAUUUUUGUCCUCACUGGCCUCCAAGUUUUCUAGGAUGAUGCAAUGUCCAGCCAUCAACACAUUUGUGAAGGAAUUUUUACUCCCCAAAAGAGCGCCCCCCAUGGCAGGAGAAAAAAGUCCAUUUUUUCUUGUCCCCUAAGGUGAAAAUACAUAUUGUUGAGAUUCACGCCUAUACGCUUUGUCAUAUUGACACAAAAUUUGACAAUCACGUGCCUUGCCUGGUAUCAUUUUUUUCAGCACAACCUCACCUGUGCGAAUUUACAGUUAUUUUAUCAUGUUGACAUACUGAAUUUACACAAUGGACCCAAAUUUACACACAAAACAUAAAAUCCGAGUGGAAAAAAGUAACAUUUUUACUGUGAAAACCACAAAUAUGUGUGAUGAACUGUUUUUAAAACUUAAACUUCAAAUAAAAAUUGUAAACUUCAAAACAUAUGCAAAUUUUUAACAAAGAACAUAGUGAUUUACCUCUAUUUUCAACAAAAUGCAGGCAAUGGCCCAGGCGUUCUUUGUAAAAUUAUUUACAAAACACUGUAUAGUCUCACAAAUGUCACUUUUUAUUUAUGCCACUACAAAAAAACAUGAUGUAAAUGAUGCAUGAUGUAAAACAUGAUGUAAAAAACUUGUGUAGAUCCUCCUCUAUGUCAGUCCAUGUGUAAUUUUUCCAUAAUUCUUUGUUUUUUGCAGCAUUUUUGUUAGUGUAACUGCAGAUUGUGCUGACAGUGUCUAUGGCACAAAAAAAAAAAAAAAUUAAAAUGCCUCAACAUGAACCCCUGGUGGUCUCUGAGGGUGAAACCUGCUAACUGCUGCAGCUCUGUCAGCUUCAGUCUCCCAUGCAGAACUCUGAGCGCAUGUGUGGCUCUGCACCCUUAGCAGCGUUGCUAACUCCUCAGUAAGGAAAGCCUGCUUCAUGUCAGAGUCUCUAAACUCCAGAAGAAGUCGAUAAAAGUCCCUUUCUUUCUAAAAAAAAGUCGUUAGGGGGUCUGAAAAGUCAUUGAAUCUAACAACAAAGUCGCUAGGUUUGCAACUACGUGUCCCAGACUGCAUCCCUGCUGAGAGUCCCUCCCUCCCUUCUCAUGUUGCAGGAAGAACGUAAGCACCCGCCCCUUGUCAAUCAGUCACCAUAUAAUUUUGGAUUGGUUGUUGUGGUGAAGUUUUCCACCAAUAGGAGAGAUGUUGUGGUGUGUUUUUUUUUCUUUUGGCAAGCCUUUUCCGCCUGUAAGACCUGUCGCUAAUGUCUGCAUGCUAUGUUUUCCUGUCUCAUACAGCGCGAUCGAGCGCCGAACGUGAUCAAAAUAAGCAGAAAAAAAGUAUCACGGACAUAAUUUAUCAUAACUCUGGUUUUAUUUGGCCUAUCAACACAAUUUAAAAACUGGUAUAUAGGUUGAGGUCCUCACUUUUGAGAUAAGUUGAAACAGAGAGUCAACGAGGCUCCGUCUUGCAGCUACAUCCGGUUAAAUAUGUCAUGUGACUUGAACGCACACACACACACGCACACACACACACACACACACGCACACACACACACACACACUCAGAGUCUGGUUUUUAGCACCUGCAAAAACAUGCUAUUUACAUAUUUGACAAGAAUGCAGAGGCUCCUUUUGCCCCUGAAAAAAAUCAAAUUUCAAACACAACUUGACUGGUCAUUUCUCCAAAAGACAACCAUGAAGCUCCAUCCAAACCUGAAGCAGGCAGUUGGUGCAUGUGUACAGUAACCUGAGGGGAGUGAGGUGAGUGCUUCUGAGGAGAACAUGAGCAGUGAAGAUUCACCUUGGAGCUAGAACAGAGACAUGCACAUGAUUAUACAGGGGCAGGGGCUCAAGUUUUUUCCAGUCGUUUAUACAAUAUGGAAAUUAAUGUGAAAUUAAAACACAAAGUAUUAAUAGAAAGGUAAUGACUGUCCUGUGUAGGUGACAGUGAUAUCCAAUAGGCUAGGCACUCACGAGGCUGGCUGUGGCAAGUGUAAGUGAAAGCAACACGCACUGGCAGGAAGAACAGCAAACGCCGAUGAAGGAAAAGGGUCUUUGCAGUGAUGGGCGUUACCAGAGAGGGCGAUGGCCGGAGGACACAAAUGGGACGGAAAGGCAGCACGUUGGGGGGGGGGGGGGGGGGGACGCAACACGGCUCGGGCCCGCCAGUGCCCCAACGGGGUCCUAGUCUUUGUUUCUUUCUUUCUUUUUUCUUUUUCCUCCCCUUUGAACUGGAAAAUGGCCCACUUCCCACUGGCGAAAACUCAUGAAAUUUGGCAGGAGGACCGGGCCUGGUGAAAAAUUUGAUAUUCUGAAGUCGCCCAAACAAUAAAAUGCAAAAUGGCUCCAUAGCGCCCCCUAAGGUGAAAAUUCACACUAUUGACUGUCACGCCUGUACGCUUUGUCAUAUUGACACAAAAAUUGACACACAUAUGUAUCUCAAUAAGAUCUACAAAAAAGUCAGUGCGGCCGUAUCUGUAAAAAUUACGGUUAAAGGGUUAUUUCGCAUUUUUUGCCGAUCCGCACACAUUGGAAUUUCGCUAACUCCUCCGAAGGCUUUCGUUCCACCGGCACCACAUUUGCUCAGGCCAAUCUACACCCCGUGGCCAUUAAAAGUUAUCAAAAUCAUGACGCUGCACCCCAAGAUUUAGGUUCUAGGGGGCGCCAAAGAUAACACUAAAAUCCACAUAUUUAAAAGUCUUAUAACUUUUUAUUUUUGUCCUCACUGGCCUCCAAGUUUUCUAGGAUGAUGCAAUGUCCAGCCAUCAACACAUUUGUGAAGGAAUUUUUACUCCCCAAAAGAGCGCCCCCCCAUGGCAGGAGAAAAAAGUCCAUUUUUUCUUGUCCCCUAAGGUGAAAAUACACAUUAUUGAGUGUCACGCCUAUACGCUUUGUCAAAAUGACACAAAAAUUGACACACACAUGUAACUCAAUAAGAUCUACGAAAAAGUCAAUGCGCGCGUAUCUGUCAAAUGUACGGUUAAAGGGUUAUUCCGCAUUUUUUGCCGAUCCGCACACAUUGGAAUUUCGCUAACUCCUCCUAAGGCUUUCGUUCCACCGGCACCACAUUUGCUCAGGCCAAUCUACACCCCAUGGCCAUUAAAAGUUAUCAAAAUCAUGACGCUGCACCCCACGGUUUAGGUUCUAGGGGGCGCCAAAGAUAACACUAAAAUCCACAUAUUUAAAAGUCUUAUAACUUUUUAUUUUUGUCCUCACUGGCCUCCAAGUUUUCUAGGAUGAUGCAAUGUCCAGCCAUCAACACAUUUGUGAAGGAAUUUUUACUCCCCAAAAGAGCGCCCCCCCAUGGCAGGAGAAAAAAGUCCAUUUUUUCUUGUCCCCUAAGGUGAAAAUACACAUUGUUGAGUGUCACGCCUAUACGCUUUGUCAAAAUGACACAAAAAUUGACACACACAUGUAACUCAAUAAGAUCUACGAAAAAGUCAAUGCGCGCGUAUCUGUCAAAUGUACGGUUAAAGGGUUAUUCCGCAUUUUUUGCCGAUCCGCACACAUUGGAAUUUCGCUAACUCCUCCUAAGGCUUUCGUUCCACCGGCACCACAUUUGCUCAGGCCAAUCUACACCCCAUGGCCAUUAAAAGUUAUCAAAAUCAUGACGCUGCACCCCACGGUUUAGGUUCUAGGGGGCGCCAAAGAUAAUCCUAAAAUCCACAUAUUUAAAAGUCUUAUAACUUUUUAUUUUUGUCCUCACUGGCCUCCAAGUUUUCUAGGAUGAUGCAAUGUCCAGCCAUCAACACAUUUGUGAAGGAAUUUUUACUCCCCAAAAGAGCGCCCCCCCAUGGCAGGAGAAAAAAGUCCAUUUUUUCUUGUCCUCUAAGGUGAAAAUACAUAUUGUUGAGAUUCACGCCUAUACGCUUUGUCAUAUUGACACAAAAUUUGACAAUCACGUGCCUUGCCUGGUAUCAUUUUUUUCAGCACAACCUCACCUGUGCGAAUUUACAGUUAUUUUAUCAUGUUGACAUACUGAAUUUACACAAUGGACCCAAAUUCACACACAAAACAUAAAAUCCGAGUGGAAAAAAGUAACAUUUUUACUGUGAAAACCACAAAUAUGUGUGAUGAACUGUUUUUAAAACUUAAACUUCAAAUAAAAAUUGUAAACUUCAAAACAUAUGCAAAUUUUUAACAAAGAACAUAGUGAUUUACCUCUAUUUACAUCAAAAUGCAGGCAAUGGCCCAGGCGUUCUUUGUAAAAUUAUUUACAAAACACUGUAUAGUCUCACAAAUGUCACUUUUUAUUUAUGCCACUACAAAAAAACAUGAUGUAAAUGAUGCAUGAUGUAAAACAUGAUGUAAAAAACUUGUGUAGAUCCUCCUCUAUGUCAGUCCAUGUGUAAUUUUUCCAUAAUUCUUUGUUUUUUGCAGCAUUUUUGUUAGUGUAACUGCAGAUUGUGCUGACAGUGUCUAUGGCACAAAAAAAAAAAAUAAAUUAAAAUGCCUCAACAUGAACCCCUGGUGGUCUCUGAGGGUGAAACCUGCUAACUGCUGCAGCUCUGUCAGCUUCAGUCUCCCAUGCAGAGCUCUGAGCGCAUGUGUGGCUCUGCACCCUUAGCAGCGUUGCUAACUCCUCAGUAAGGAAAGCCUGCUUCAUGUCAGAGUCUCUAAACUCCAGAAGAAGUCGAUAAAAGUCCCUUUCUUUCUAAAAAAAAGUCGUUAGGGGGUCUGAAAAGUCAUUGAAUCUAACAACAAAGUCGCUAGGUUUGCAACUACGUGUCCCAGACUGCAUCCCUGCUGAGAGUCCCUCCCUCCCUUCUCAUGUUGCAGGAAGAACGUAAGCGCCCGCCCCUUGUCAAUCAGUCACCAUAUAAUUUUGGAUUGGUUGUUGUGGUGAAGUUUUCCACCAAUAGGAGAGAUGUUGUGGUGUGUUUUUUUUUUCUUUUGGCAAGCCUUUUCCGCCUGUAAGAGCUGUCGCUAAUGUCUGCAUGCUAUGUUUUCCUGUCUCAUACAGCGCGAUCGAGCGCCGAAUGUGAUCAAAAUAAGCAGAAAAAAAGUAUCGCGGACAUAAUUUAUCAUAACUCUGGUUUUAUUUGGCCUAUCAACACAAUUUAAAAACUGGUAUAUAGGUUGAGGUCCUCACUUUUGAGAUAAGUUGAAACGGAGAGUCAACGAGGCUCCGUCUUGCAGCUACAUCCGGUUAAAUAUGUCAUGUGACUUGAACGCACACACAGACACACACACACGCACACACACACACACACACACACACACACACACUCAGAGUCUGGUUUUUAGCACCUGCAAAAACAUGCUAUUUACAUAUUUGACAAGAAUGCAGAGGCUCCUUUUGCCCCUGAAAAAAAUCAAAUUUCAAACACAACUUGACUGGUCAUUUCUCCAAAAGACAACCAUGAAGCUCCAUCCAAACCUGAAGCAGGCAGUUGGUGCAUGUGUACAGUAACCUGAGGGGAGUGAGGUGAGUGCUUCUGAGGAGAACAUGAGCAGUGAAGAUUCACCUUGGAGCUAGAACAGAGACAUGCACAUGAUUAUACAGGGGCAGGGGCUCAAGUUUUUUCCAGUCGUUUAUACAAUAUGGAAAUUAAUGUGAAAUUAAAACACAAAGUAUUAAUAGAAAGGUAAUGACUGUCCUGUGUAGGUGACAGUGAUAUCCAAUAGGCUAGGCACUCACGAGGCUGGCUGUGGCAAGUGUAAGUGAAAGCAACACGCACUGGCAGGAAGAACAGCAAACGCAGAUGAAGGAAAAGGGUCUUUGCAGUGAUGGGCGUUACCAGAGAGGGCGAUGGCCAGAGGACACAAAUGGGACGGGGAGGCAGCACGUUAUGGGGGGGGGGGGGGGGACGCGACACGGCUCGGGCCCGCCAGUGCCCCAACGGGGGCCUAGUUAGGGCCCGAGCCAGCUGCAGAGCAGCCGGGCGUAGGCCCUAUUAUUCCCCAAGUGGUUUUUCUUUGUUUCUUUCUUUCUUUUUUCUUUUUCCUCCCCUUUGAACUGGAAAAUGGCCCACUUCCCACUGGCGAAAACUCAUGAAAUUUGGCAGGAUGACCGGGCCUGGUGAAAAAUUUGAUAUUCCGAAGUCGCCCAAACAAGAAAAUGCAAAAUGGCUCCAUAGCGCCCCCUAAGGUGAAAAUUCACACUAUUGACUGUCACGCCUGUACGCUUUGGCAAAAUGACACAAAAAUUGACACACACAUGUAUCUCAAUAAGAUCUACAAAAAAGUCAGUGCGGUCGUAUCUGUCAAAUGUACGGUUAAAGGGUUAUUGCGCAUUUUUUGCCGAUCCGCACACAUUGGAAUUUCGCUAACUCCUCCGAAGGCUUUCGUUCCACCGGCACCACAUUUGCUCAGGCCAAUCUACACCCCGUGGCCAUUAAAAGUUAUCAAAAUCAUGACGCUGCACCCCAAGGUUUAGGUUCUAGGGGGCGCCAAAGAUAACACUAAAAUCCACAUAUUUAAAAGUCUUAUAACUUUUUAUUUUUGUCCUCACUGGCCUCCAAGUUUUCUAGGAUGAUGCAAUGUCCAGCCAUCAACACAUUUGUGAAGGAAUUUUUACUCCCCAAAAGAGCGCCCCCCCAUGGCAGGAGAAAAAAGUCCAUUUUUUCUUGUCCCCUAAGGUGAAAAUUCACACUAUUGACUGUCACGCCUGUACGCUUUGUCAAAAUGACACAAAAAUUGACACACACAUGUAUCUCAAUAAGAUCUACAAAAAAGUCAAUGCGCGCGUAUCUGUCUAAUGUACGGUUAAAGGGUUAUUUCGCAUUUUUUGCCGAUCCGCACACAUUGGAAUUUCGCUAACUCCUCCGAAGGCUUUCGUUCCACCGGCACCACAUUUGCUCAGGCCAAUCUACACCCCAUGGCCAUUAAAAGUUAUUCAAAUCAUGACGCUGCACCCCACGAUUUACGUUCUAGGGGGCGCCAAAGAUAACCCAAAAAUCCACAUUUUUAAAAGUCUUAUAACUUUUUAUUUUUGUCCUCACUGGCCUCCAAGUUUUCUAGGAUGAUGCAAUGUCCAGCCAUCAACACAUUUGUGAAGGAAUUUUUACUCCCCAAAAGAGCGCCCCCCCAUGGCAGGAGAAAAAAGUCCAUUUUUUCUUGUCCCCUAAGGUGAAAAUACACAUUGUUGACUGUCACGCCUGUACGCUUUGGCAAAAUGACACAAAAAUUGACAAUCAUGUGUAUCUCAAUUAGAUCUACGAAAAAGUCAAAGAGCGCGUAUCUGUAUAAUGUACGGUAAAAGGGCUAUUUUGCAUUUUUUGCCGAUUCGCACACAUUGGAAUUUCGCUAACUCCUCCUAAGGCUUUCGUCCCACUGACACCAAAUUUGCUCAGGCCAAUCUACACUCCAUGGCCAUUCAAAGUUGUAAAAAUCAUGACGCUGCACCCCACGGUUUACGUUUUAGGGGGCGCCAAAGAUGACCCAAAUAUACAUUACAGUAGACAAAGUAGUUUUGCCCACUGAGUGGCGCCAAAGGGACUUGUCUGUGGAGUCUGUGAGUCACUAUUGGCCGUUUUUGACUACUUUAGAUUUUACCUUUAUAUUUCCUCUUACAAAAUUUUUACCUUGCCUUGCCUGGUAUCAUUUUUUUCAGCACAACCUCACCUGUGUCAAUUUACAGUUAUUUUACCAUUUUGACAUACUAUAUUUACACAUUGGACCCAAAUUCACACACAAAACAUAAAAUCCGAGUGGAAAAAAGUAACGUUUUUACUGUGAAAACCACAAAUAUGUGUGAUGAACUGUUUUUAAAACUUAAACUUCAAAUAAAAAUUGUAAACUUCAAAACAUAUGCAAAUUUUUAACAAAGAACAUAGUAAUUUACCUCUAUUUACAUCAAAAUGCAGGCAAUGGCCCAGGUGUUCUUUGUAAAAUUAUUUACAAAACACUGUAUAGUCUCACAAAUGUCACUUUUUAUUUAUGCCACUACAAAAAAACAUGAUGUAAAUGAUGCAUGAUGUAAAACAUGAUGUAAAAAACUUGUGUAGAUCCUCCUCUAUGUUAGUCCAUGUGUAAUUUUUCCAUAAUUCUUUGUUUUUUGCAGCAUUUUUGUUAGUGUAACUGCAGAUUGUGCUGACAGUGUCUAUGGCAAAAAAAAAAAAAAAAAACUGAAAAUGCCUCAACAUGAACCCCUGGUGGUCUCUGAGGGUGAAACCUGCUAACUGCUGCAGCUCUGUCAGCUUCAGUCUCCCAUGCAGAGCUCGGAGCGCAUGUGUGGCUCUGCACCCUUAGCAGCGUUGCUAACUCCUCAGUAAGGAAAGCCUGCUUCAUGUCAGAGUCUCUAAACUCCAGAAGAAGUCGAUAAAAGUCACUUUCUUUCUAAAAAAAAGUCGUUAGGGGGUCUGAAAAGUCAUUGAAUCUAACAACAAAGUCGCUAGGUUUGCAACUACGUGUCCCAGACUGCAUCCCUGCUGAGAGUCCCUCCCUCGCUUCUCAUAUUGCAGGAAGAACGUAAGUUCCCGCCCCUUGUCAAUCAGUCACCAUAUAAUUUUGGAUUGGUUGUUGUGGUGAAGUUUUCCACCAAUAGGAGAGAUGUUGUGGUGUGUAUUUUUUUUCCUUUGGCAAGCCUUUUCCGCCUGUAAGAGCUGUCGCUAAUGUCUGCAUGCUAUGUUUUCCUGUCUCAUACAGCGCGAUCGAGCGCCGAACGUGAUCAAAAUAAGCAGAAAACAAGUAUCGCGGACAUAAUUUAUCAUAACUCUGGUUUUAUUUGGCCUAUCAACACAAUUUAAAAACUGGUAUAUAGGUUGAGGUCCUCACUUUUGAGAUAAAUUGAAACGGAGAGUCAACGAGGCUCCGUCUUGCAGCUACAUCCGGUUAAAUAUGUCAUGUGACUUGAACGCACACACACACACACACACAGACACACACACACACGCACACACACACACUCAGAGUCUGGUUUGUAGCACCUGCAAAAACAUGCUAUUUACAUAUUUGACAAGAAUGCAGAGGCUCCUUUUGCCCCUGAAAAAAAUCAAAUUUCAAACACAACUUGACUGGUCAUUUCUCCAAAAGACAACCAUGAAGCUCCAUCCAAACCUGAAGCAGGCAGUUGGUGCAUGUGUACAGUAACCUGAGGGGAGUGAGGUGACUGCUUCUGAGGAGAACAUGAGCAGUGAAGAUUUACCUUAGAGCUAGAACAGAGACGUGCACAUGAUUAUACAGGGGCAGGGGCUCAAGUUUUUUCCAGUCGUUUAUACAAUUUGGAAAUUAAUGUGAAAUUAAAAAACAAAGUAUUAAUAGAAAGGUAAUGACUGUCCUGUGUAGGUGACAGUGAUAUCCAAUAGGCUAGGCACUCACGAGGCUGGCUGUGGCAAGUGUAAGUGAAAGCAACACGCACUGGCAGGAAGAACAGCAAACGCCGAUGAAGGAAAAGGGUCUUUGCAGUGAUGGGCGUUACCAAAGAGGGCGAUGGCCAGAGGACACAAAUGGGACGGGGAGGCAGCGCGUUGGGGGGGGGACGCGACACAGCUCGGGCCCGCCAGUGCCCCAACGGGGUCCUAGUUAGGGCCCGAGCGUAGCUGCUAAGCAGCUGCGAGAGCCCUCUUGUUCCUGAUGGAUUCUUCUUUAGGGCCCGAGCCAGCUGCAGAGCAGCCGGGCGUAGGCCCUAUUAUUCCCCAAGUGGUUUUUCUUUGUUUCUUUCUUUCUUUAGGGCCCGAGCGUAGCUGCUAAGCAGCUGCGAGAGCCCUCUUGUUCCUGCAUGUUUCCUUCUUUUGUUAUUAUUAUUAUUUUUCCUCCCCUUUGAACUGGAAAAUGGCCCACUUCCCACUGGCAAAAACUCAUGAAAUUUGGCAGGACGACCGGGCCUGGUGAAAAAUUUGAUAUUCCGAAGUCGCCCAAACAAGAAAAUGCAAAAUGGCUCCAUAGCGCCCCCUAAGGUGAAAAUUCACACUAUUGACUGUCACGCGUGUACGCUUUGUCAAAAUGACACAAAAUUUGACACACACGUGUAUCUCAAUAAGAUCUACAAAAAAGUCAGUGCGGGCGUAUCUGUCAAAUGUACGGUUAAAGGGUUAUUUCGCAUUAUUUGCCGAUCUGCACACAUUGGAAUUUCGCUAACUCCUCCGAAGGCUUUCGUUCCACCGGCACCACAUUUGCUCAGGCCAAUCUACACCCCAUGGCCAUUAAAAGUUAUUCAAAUCAUGAUGCUGCACCCCACGGUUUAGGUUCUAGGGGGCGCCAAAGAUAACCCUAAGAUCCACAUAUUUAAAAGUCUUAUAACUUUUUAUUUUUGCCCUCACUGGCCUCCAAGUUUUCUAGGAUGAUGCAAUGUCCAGCCAUCAACACAUUUGUGAAGGAAUUUUUACUCCCCAAAAGAGCGCCCCCCCAUGGCAGGAGAAAAAAGUCCAUUUUUUCUUGUCCCCUAAGGUGAAAAUACACAUUGUUGAGUGUAACACCUGUACGCUUUGGCAAAAUGACACAAAAAUUGACACACACAUGUAUCUCAAUAAGAUCUACGAAAAAGUCAAUGCGCGCGUAUCUGUCAAAUGUACGGUUAAAGGGUUAUUCCGCAUUUUUUGCCGAUCCGCACACAUUUGAAUUUCGCUAACUCCUCCGAAGGCUUUCGUUCCACCGGCACCACAUUUGCUCAGGCCAAUCUACACCCCAUGGCCAUUAAAAGUUAUUCAAAUCAUGACGCUGCACCCCACGGUAUAGGUUCUAGGGGGCGCCAAAGAUAACCGUAAAAUCCACAUAUUUAAAAGUCUUAUAACUUUUUAUUUUUGUCCUCACUGGCCUCCAAGUUUUCUAGGAUGAUGCAAUGUCCAGCCAUCAACACAUUUGUGAAGGAAUUUUUACUCCCCAAAAGAGCGCCCCCCCAUGGCAGGAGAAAAAAGUCAAUUUUUUCUUGUCCCCUAAGGUGGAAAUUCACACUAUUGACUGUCACGCCUGUACGCUUUAUCAUAUUGACACAAAAAUUGACACACAUAUGUAUCUCAAUAAGAUCUACAAAAAAGUCAAUGCGCGCGUAUCUGUCAAAUGUACAGUUAAAGGGCUAUUUUGCAUUUUUUGCCGAUUCGCACACAUUGGAAUGUGGCUAACUCCUCCUAAGGCUUUCGUCCCACUGACACCAAAUUUGCUCAGGCCAAUCUACACCCCAUGGCCAUUCAAAGUUGUAAAAAUCAUGACGCUGCACCCCACGGUUUACGUUCUAGGGGGCGCCAAAGAUGACCCAAAUAUCCACAUUCUUAAAAGAAUCCACAUCCCCCCCCAUCCCCCAUCCCCCAUGGCAGGAGAAACAGUCAAGUUUUUCCUGCCCAUCACUCAAUGGCUCAAUCGCAUCACUCUCCCGGCAACACCGUAACGAGGAGCAACCUGCCGUUUGGAUAUAUCCUAGCUGUGUUUGUGCCCUCACUCAUGGUCCAGACUUUUUUCAAAUAGGACAUGUAGUUUGUCUGCAGCGAGUGUUUUGGUAGAAACUGCGCCUCCCAUUCAUUAUAAUGGGAAAUGACCACAGACAAGUGCGCACACCAUCUUUGGACCUUGAGUGUGACGCGAUCGGGAGGGGGAGGCGGUCGCGCUGGGGGCGGCGCAACGCGGCUCGGGCCCGACAGUGCCCCACCGGGGUCCUAGUUUCUUCUUCUUCUUCUUAUUAUUUUUCUGCCCCUUUGAACUGGAAAAUGGCCCACUUCCCACUGGUGAAAACUCAUGAAAUUUGGCAGGACGACCGGGCCUGGUGAAAAAUUCGAUAUUCUGAAGUCACCCAAACAAUCAAAUGCAAAAUGGCUCCAUAGCGCCCCCUAAGGUGAAAAAUUCACAUGAUUGAGUGUCACGCCUGUACGCUUUGUCAAAAUGACACAAAAUUUGACACACACGUGUAUCUCAAUAAGAUCUACAAAAAAGUCAGUGCGGGCGUAUCUGUCAAAUGUACGUUUAAAGGGCUAUUUCGCAUUUUUUGCCGAUCCGCACACAUUGGAAUUUCGCUAACUCCUCAGAAGGCUUUCGUUCCACCGGCACCAAAUUUGCUCAGGCCAAUCUACACCCCAUGGCCAUUCAAAGUUGUACAAAUCAUGACGCUGCACCCCACGGUUUACGUUGUAGGGGGCGCCAAAGAUAACCCAAAAAUCCACAUUCUUACAAGUCUUAUAACUUUUUAUUUUUGUCCUCACUGGCCUCCAAGUUUUCUAGGAUGAUGCAAUGUCCAGCCAUCAACACAUUUGUGAAGGAAUUUUUACUCCCCAAAAGAGCGCCCCCCCAUGGCAGGAGAAAAAAGGCCAUUUUUUCUUGUCCUAUAAGGUGAAAAUACACAUUGUUGAGUGUCACGCCUGUACGCUUUGUCAUAUUGAAACAAAAUUUGAUAAUCACGUGUAUCUCAAUAAGAUCUACGAAAAAGUCAAUGCGCACGUGUCUGCAAAAUGUACGGUUAAAGGGCUAUUUCGCAUUUUUUGUUGAUUCGCACACAUUGGAAUGUGGCUAUCUCCUCCUAAGGCUUUCGUCCCACCGAUACCAAAUUUGCUCAGGCCAAUCUACACCCCAUGCCCAUUCAAAGUUGUAAAAAUCAUGACGCUGCACCCCACGGUUUACGUUCUAGGGGGCGCCAAAGAUGACCCAAAAAUCCACAUUCUUAAAAGUCAUUUUGGCCACUGCAGGAGUACAGAGUACUGCAGUUCUAGGGGGCGCCAAAGAUGACCCAAAAAUCCACAUUCUUAAAAGUCUUUUUGGCCACUGCAGGAGUACAGAGUACUGCAGGAUACACACACAUACACACACACACACACACACACACACACACACACACACACACACACACACACACACACACUCAGAGUCUGUUUUUUAGCACCUGCAAAAACAUGCUGUUUACAUAUUUGACAAGAAUGCAGAGGCUUCCUUUUGCCCCUGAAAAAAAUCAGAUUUCAAACACAACUUGACUGUUCAUUUCUCCAAAAGACAACCAUGAAGCUCCAUCCAAACCUGAAGCAGAUAGUUGGUGCAUGUGUACAGUAACCUGAGGAGAGUGAGGUGACUAUUUCUGAGGAGAACAUGAGCAGUGAAGAUUCACCUUGGAGCUAGAACAGGGACGUGCACAUGAUUAUACAGGGGCAGGGGCUCAAGUUUUUUCCAGUCAUUUAUACAAUAUGGAAAUUAAUGUGAAAUUAAACCACAAAUAUGUGUGAUGAACUGUUUUUAAAACUUAAACUUCAAAUAAAAAUUGUAAACUUCAAAACAUAUGCACAUUUUUAACAAAGAACAUAGUAAUUUACCUCUAUUUACAUCAAAAUGCAGGCAAUGGCCCAGGCGUUCUUUGUAAAAUUAUUUACAAAACACUGUAUAGUCUCACAAAUGUCACUUUUUAUUUAUGCCACUACAAAAAAACAUGAUGUAAAUGAUGCAUGAUGUAAAACAUGAUGUAAAAAACUUGUGUAGAUCCUCCUCUAUGUCAGUCCAUGUGUAAUUUUUCCAUAAUUCUUUGUUUUUUGCAGCAUUUUUGUUAGUGUAACUGCAGAUUGUGCUGACUGUCUAUGGCAAAAAAAAAAAAACUGAAAAUGCCUCAACAUGAACCCCUGGUGGUCUCUGAGGGUGAAACCUGCUAACUGCUGCAGCUCUGUCAGCUUCUGUCUCCCAUGCAGAGCUCGGAGCGCAUGUGUGGCUCUGCACCCUUAGCAGCGUUGCUAACUCCUCAGUAAGGAAAGCCUGCUUCAUGUCAGAGUCUCUAAACUCCAGAAGAAGUCGAUAAAAGUCCCUUUCUUUCUAAAAAAAGUCGUUAGGGGGUCUGAAAAGUAAUUGAAUCUAACAACAAAGUCGCUAGGUUUGCAACUACGUGUCCCAGACUGCAUCCCUGCUGAGAGUCCCUCCCUCCCUUCUCAUGUUGCAGGAAGAACGUAAGCGCCCGCCCCUUGUCAAUCAGUCACCAUAUAAUUUUGGAUUGGUUGUUGUGGUGAAGUUUUCCACCAAUAGGAGAGAUGUUGUGGUGUGUUUUUUUUUUCUUUUGGCAAGCCUUUUCCGCCUGUAUGACCUGUCACUAAUGUGUGCAUGCAAUGUUUUCCUGUCUCAUACAGCACGAUCGAGCGCCGAACGUGAUCAAAAUAAGCAGAAAAAAAGUAUCGCGGACAUAAUUUAUCAUAACUCUGGUUUUAUUUGGCCUAUCAACACAAUUUAAAAACUGGUAUAUAGGUUGAGGUCCUCACUUUUGAGAUAAGUUGAAACGGAGAGUUAACGAGGCUCCGUCUUGCAGCUACAUCCGGUUAAAUAUGUCAUGUGACUUGAACGCUGGGGAGCGUCAAUCGAAUCGAAUCAAACCUAACUCUCAGAUGAAUCUUCAAAAUUCACCUCAGAAAUAUGCUUAUUAUUCUUCUCAGAGUACUGCAGGAUACACACACACACACACACACACACAGACACACACACGCACACACACACACACACACACACACACACUCAGAGUCUGUUUUUUAGCACCUGCAAAAACAUGCUAUUUACAUAUUUGACAAGAAUGCGGAGGCUUCCUUUUGCCCCUGAAAAAAAUCAGAUUUCAAACACAACUUGACUGGUCAUUUCUCCAAAAGACAACCAUGAAGCUCCAUCCAAACCUGAAGCAGGCAGUUGGUGCAUGUGUACAGUAACCUGAGGGGAGUGAGGUGACUGCUUCUGAGGAGAACAUGAGCACUGAAGAUUCACCUUGGAGCUAGAACAGGGACGUGCACAUGAUUAUACAGGGGCAGGGGCUCAAGUUUUUCCAGUUGUUUAUACAAUAUGGAAAUUAAUGUGAAAUUAAAAAACAAAGUAUUAAUAGAAAGGUAAUGACUGUCCUGUGUAGGUGACAGUGAUAUCCAAUAGGCUAGGCACUCACGAGGCUGGCUGUGGCAAGUGUAAGUGAAAGCAACACGCACUGGCAGGAAGAACAGCAAACGCCGAUGAAGGAAAAGGGUCUUUGCAGUGAUGGGCGUUACCAGAGAGGGCGAUGGCCAGAGGACACAAAUGGGACGGGGAGGCAGCGCGUUGGGGGGGGGACGUGACACAGCUCGGGCCCGCCAGUGCCCCAACGGGGUCCUAGUGUUAUUAUUAGGGCCCGAGCGUAGCUGCUAAGCAGCUGCGAGAGCCCUAUUAUUCCUGAUGGAUUCUUCUUUAGGGCCCGAGCGUAGCUGCUAAGCAGCUGCGAGAGCCCUCUUGUUCCUGCAUGUUUCCUUCUUUCGUUAUUAUUUUUCCUCCGCUUUAAACUGGAAAAUGGCCCACUUCCCACUGGCGAAAACUCAGGAAAUUUGGCAGGACGACCGGGCCUGGUGAAAAAUUCGAUAUUCUGAAGUCGCCCAAACAAUAAAAUGCAAAAUGGCUCCAUAGCGCCCCCUAAGGUGAAAAUUCACAUGACGGCUGUACGCUUUGUCAUAUUGACACAAAAAUUGACACACACAUAUAUCUCAAUAAGAUCUACAAAAAAGUCAGUGCGGGCGUAUCUGUCAAAUGUACGGUUAAUGGGUUAUUUUGCAUUUUUUGCAGAUCUGCACACAUUGGAAUUUCGCUAACUCCUCCGAAGGCUUUCGUUCGACCGGCACCACAUUUGCGCAGGCCAAUCUACCCCCCAUGGCCAUUAAAAGUUGUACAAAUCAUGACGCUGCACCCCACGGUUUACGUUCUAGGGGGCGCCAAAGAUAACCCAAAAUCCACAUUCUUAAAAGUCUUAUAACUUUUUAUUUUUGUCCUCACUGGCCUCCAAGUUUUCUAGGAUGAUGCAAUGUCCAGCCAUCAACACAUUUGUGAAGGAAUUUUUACUCCCCAAAAGAGCGCCCCCCCAUGGUAGGAGAAAAAAGUCAAUUUUUUCUUGUCCCCUUACAUAAAAAUACACAUUGUUGAGUGUCACGCCUGAACGCUUUGUCAUAUUGACACAAAAAUUGACAAUCAUGUGUAUCUCAAUUAGAUCUACGAAAAAGUCAAAGAGCGCGUAUCUGUAUAAUGUACGGUUAAAGGGCUAUUUUGCAUUUUUUGCCGAUUCGCACACAUUGGAAUGUGGCUAUCUCCUCCUAAGGCUUUCGUCCCACCGAUACCAAAUUUGCUCAGGGCAAUCUACACCCCAUGCCCAUUCAAAGUUGUAAAAAUCAUGACGCUGCACCCCACGGUUUACGUUCUAGGGGGCGCCAAAGAUGACCCAAAAAUCCACAUUCUUAAAAGUCAUUUUGGCCACUGCAGGAGUACAGAGUACUGCAGUUCUAGGGGGCGCCAAAGAUGACCCAAAAAUCCACAUUCUUAAAAGUCUUUUUGGCCACUGCAGGAGUACAGAGUACUGCAGGAUACACACACAUAUACACACACGCCAACAUACACACACACACACACACACACACACACACACACACACACACACACACACACACACACACACACACUCAGAGUCUGUUUUUUAGCACCUGCAAAAACAUGCUGUUUACAUAUUUGACAAGAAUGCAGAGGCUUCCUUUUGCCCCUGAAAAAAAUCAAAUUUCAAACACAACUUGACUGUUCAUUUCUCCAAAAGACAACCAUGAAGCUCCAUUUCAAACCUGAAGCAGAUAGUUGGUGCAUGUGUACAGUAACCUGAGGGGAGUGAGGUGACUAUUUCUGAGGAGAACAUGAGCAGUGAAGAUUCACCUUGGAGCUAGAACAGGGACGUGCACAUGAUUAUACAGGGGCAGGGGCUCAAGUUUUUUCCAGUCAUUUAUACAAUAUGGAAAUUAAUGUGAAAUUAAACCACAAAUAUGUGUGAUGAACUGUUUUUAAAACUUAAACUUCAAAUAAAAAUUGUAAACUUCAAAACAUAUGCAAAUUUUUAACAAAGAACAUAGUAAUUUACCUCUAUUUACAUCAAAAUGCAGGCAAUGGCCCAGGCGUUCUUUGUAAAAUUAUUUACAAAACACUGUAUAGUCUCACAAAUGUCACUUUUUAUUUAUGCCACUACAAAAAAACAUGAUGUAAAUGAUGCAUGAUGUAAAACAUGAUGUAAAAAACUUGUGUAGAUCCUCCUCUAUGUCAGUCCAUGUGUAAUUUUUCCAUAAUUCUUUGUUUUUUGCAGCAUUUUUGUUAGUGUAACUGCAGAUUGUGCUGACAGUGUCUAUGGCACAAAAAAAAAAAAAAUUAAAAUGCCUCAACAUGAACCCCUGGUGGUCUCUGAGGGUGAAACCUGCUAACUGCUGCAGCUCUGUCAGCUUCAGUCUCCCAUGCAGAGCUCUGAGCGCAUGUGUGGCUCUGCACCCUUAGCAGCGUUGCUAACUCCUCAGUAAGGAAAGCCUGCUUCAUGUCAGAGUCUCUAAACUCCAGAAGAAGUCGAUAAAAGUCCCUUUCUUUCAAAAAAAAAGUCGUUAGGGGGUCUGAAAAGUCAUUGAAUCUAACAACAAAGUCGCUAGGUUUGCAACUACGUGUCCCAGACUGCAUCCCUGCUGAGAGUCCCUCCCUCCCUUCUCAUGUUGCAGGAAGAACGUAAGCGCCCGCCCCUUGUCAAUCAGUCACCAUAUAAUUUUGGAUUGGUUGUUGUGGUGAAGUUUUCCACCAAUAGGAGAGAUGUUGUGGUGUGUUUUUUUUUUCUUUUGGCAAGCCUUUUCCGCCUGUAAGACCUGUCGCUAAUGUCUGCAUGCUAUGUUUUCCUGUCUCAUACAGCGCGAUCGAGCGCCGAACGUGAUCAAAAUAAGCAGAAAAAAAGUAUCGCGGACAUAAUUUAUCAUAACUCUGGUUUUAUUUGGCCUAUCAACACAAUUUAAAAACUGGUAUAUAGGUUGAGGUCCUCACUUUUGAGAUAAGUUGAAACGGAGAGUCAACAAGGCUCCGUCUUGCAGCUACAUCCGGUUAAAUAUGUCAUGUGACUUGAACGCACACACAGACACACACACACGCACACACACACACACACACACACACACACUCAGAGUCUGGUUUUUAGCACCUGCAAAAACAUGCUAUUUACAUAUUUGACAAGAAUGCAGAGGCUCCUUUUGCCCCUGAAAAAAAUCAAAUUUCAAACACAACUUGACUGGUCAUUUCUCCAAAAGACAACCAUGAAGCUCCAUCCAAACCUGAAGCAGGCAGUUGGUGCAUGUGUACAGUAACCUGAGGGGAGUGAGGGGAGUGCUUCUGAGGAGAACAUGAGCAGUGAAGAUUCACCUUGGAGCUAGAACAGAGACAUGCACAUGAUUAUACAGGGGCAGGGGCUCAAGUUUUUUCCAGUCGUUUAUACAAUAUGGAAAUUAAUGUGAAAUUAAAACACAAAGUAUUAAUAGAAAGGUAAUGACUGUCCUGUGUAGGUGACAGUGAUAUCCAAUAGGCUAGGCACUCACGAGGCUGGCUGUGGCAAGUGUAAGUGAAAGCAACACGCACUGGCAGGAAGAACAGCAAACGCCGAUGAAGGAAAAGGGUCUUUGCAGUGAUGGGCGUUACCAGAGAGGGCGAUGGCCAGAGGACACAAAUGGGACGGGGAGGCAGCACGUUGGGGGGGGGACGCGACACGGCUCGGGCCCGCCAGUGCCCCAACGGGGUCCUAGUUAUUAUUUUUCCUCCCCUUUGAACUGGAAAAUGGCCCACUUCCCACUGGCGAAAACUCAUGAAAUUUGGCAGGACGACCGGGCCUGGUGAAAAAUUCGAUAUUCUGAAGUCGCCCAAACAAUAAAAUGCAAAAUGGCUCCAUAGCGCCCCCUAAGGUGGAAAUUCACACUAUUGACUGUCACGCCUGUACGCUUUGUCAUAUUGACACAAAAAUUGACACACAUAUGUAUCUCAAUAAGAUCUACAAAAAAGUCAGUGCGGCCGUAUCUGUCAAAAUUACGGUUAAAGGGUUAUUUCGCAUUUUUUGCCGAUCCGCACACAUUGGAAUUUCGCUAACUCCUCCGAAGGCUUUCGUUCCACCGGCACCACAUUUGCUCAGGCCAAUCUACACGCCGUGGCCAUUAAAAGUUAUUCAAAUCAUGACGCUGCACCCCACGGUUUACGUUCUAGGGGGCGCCAAAGAUAACCCAAAAAUCCACAUUUUUAAAAGUCUUAUAACUUUUUAUUUUUGUCCUCACUGGCCUCCAAGUUUUCUAGGAUGAUGCAAUGUCCAGCCAUCAACACAUUUGUGAAGGAAUUUUUACUCCCCAAAAGAGCGCCCCCCCAUGGCAGGAGAAAAAGUCAAGUUUUUCCAGCCCAUCGCUUAAUGGCUCAAACGCAUUGCUCUCCCGCUAAAACCAAAAGGAGGAGCAACUUGCCAUUUGGAUAUGUCCUAGCUGUGUUUGUGCCCUCACUCAUGGUCCAGAGUUUUUUCAAAUAGGACAUGUAGUUUGUCUGCAGCGAGCGUUUUGGUAGAAACUGUGCCUCCCAUUCAUUAUAAUGGGAAAUGACCAAAGACAGGUGCGCACACCAUCUUUGGACCUUGACUUUGACGUCACAGUUUGAGAUACAAAUGUUAUUUGACCUCUGACCUUUGGUGGACACCCUAACCUUUCAACCCGCGAAAACGGCGUUUCAAUAGCUCUUACGGCUUUCCUACAAAUACACUUUGUUCAGCUACUCCUACUGUCCUUCAAGCUCUGCUUCUCAGAUCAUCAAAGAGUGUGCACGUGUGUAAUGAGCGCAUAUUGAAUGUUAAUUAUGUUAAAUAUGUUAAUUAUUAGAAGAAAAAACAACAACAGUCCUUUUGGACAAAAUUUCUUUUUAUUACAGAAUUAGAAUAAUGGAAGCAUAGUCCAAGGAAACCAUUCAAGUGAUGUCAUACCUCAUGAUUUAUUGAGAUGUUGGCUAGUCUGGGCAUUUCUUCAUUCAUCAGGUUUCCUGCAUGCAUACUAACAGAGCACAUCAGUAGCAGUGAGUGAUAAGUAUGAGUGUGUCAUUGUGUAAGAAAGAAAGUGGUUUACUUACACAUCCAUAGAAAAUAGGUGGUUGAGCACAGCACGCAAACAAAGCUUUGCCACAACGGUUGAACUUCCCAAGUAGCUGAUACCAAGGUCACACAAUCAGGGUGAGCAAAGGUCAAACCAGGCCAGGCACUCACGAGGCUGGCUGUGGCAAGUGUAAGUGAAAGCAACACGCAAUGGCAGGAAGAACAGCAAACACCAAUGAAGGAAAAGGGUCUUUGCAGUGAUGGGCGUCACCAGAGAGGGCGAUGGCCAGAGGGCACGAAUGGGACGGGGAGGCGGUCGCGCUGGGGGCGGCGCGACGCGGCUCGGGCCCGCCAGUGCCCCAACGGGGCCCUAGUUAGGGCCCGAGCGUAGCUGCUAAGCAGCUGCGAGAGCCCUCUUGUUCCUGUAGUUUCCUUCUUUUGUUAUUAUUAUUUUUCCUCCCCUUUGAACUGGAAAAUGGCCCACUUCCCACUGGCGAAAACUCAUGAAAUUUGGCAGGAAGACCGGGCCUGGUGAAAAAUUUGAUAUUCCGAAGUCGCCCAAACAAGAAAAUGCAAAAUGGCUCCAUAGCGCCCCCUAAGGUGAAAAUUCACACUAUUCACUGUCACGCCUGUACGCUUUGUCAAAAUGACACAAAAAUUGACACACACAUGUAUCUCAAUAAGAUCUACAAAAAAGUCAGUGCGGGCGUAUCUGUCAAAUGUACGGUUAAAGGGUUAUUUCGCAUUUUUUGCCGAUCCGCACACAUUGGAAUUUCGCUAACUCCUCCGAAGGCUUUCGUUCCACCGGCACCACAUUUGCUCAGGCCAAUCUACACCCCAUGGCCAUUAAAAGUUAUUCAAAUCAUGACGCUGCACCCCACGGUUUAGGUUCUAGGGGGCGCCAAAGAUAACCCUAAGAUCCACAUAUUUAAAAGUCUUAUAACUUUUUAUUUUUGUCCUCACUGGCCUCCAAGUUUUCUAGGAUGAUGCAAUGUCCAGCCAUCAACACAUUUGUGAAGGAAUUUUUACUCCCCAAAAGAGCGCCCCCCCAUGGCAGGAGAAAAAAGUCCAUUUUUUCUUGUCCCCUAAGGUGAAAAUACACAUUGUUGAGUGUCAUGCCUAUACGCUUUGUCAAAAUGACACAAAAAUUGACACACACAUGUAACUCAAUAAGAUCUACAAAAAAGUCCAGCGCGUGUAUCUGUCAAAUGUACAGUUAAAGGGUUAUUCCGCAUUUUUUGCCGAUCCGCACACAUUGGAAUUUCGCUAACUCCUCCGAAGGCUUUCGUUCCACCGGCACCACAUUUGCUCAGGCCAAUCUACACCCCAUGGCCAUUAAAAGUUAUUCAAAUCAUGAUGCUGCACCCCAUGGUUUAGGUUCUAGGGGGCGCCAAAAAUAACCCAAAAAUCCACAUUCUUAAAUGUUUUAUAACUUUUUAUUUUUGUCCUCACUGGCCUCCAAGUUUUCUAGGAUGAUGCAAUGUCCAGCCAUCAACACAUUUGUGAAGGAAUUUUUACUCCCCAAAAGAGCGCCCCCCCAUGGUAGGAGAAAAAAGUCCAUUUUUUUUUGUCCCCUUACAUAAAAAUACACAUUGUUGAGUGUCACGCCUGAACGCUUUGUCAUAUUGACACAAAAAUUGACAAUCAUGUGUAUCUCAAUUAGAUCUACGAAAAAGUCAAAGAGCGCGUAUCUGUAUAAUGUACGGUUAAAGGGCUAUUUUGCAUUUUUUGCCGAUUCGCACACACUGGAAUGUGGCUAUCUCCUCCUAAGGCUUUCGUCCCACCGAUACCAAAUUUGCUCAGGGCAAUCUACACCCCAUGCCCAUUCAAAGUUGUAAAAAUCAUGACGCUGCACCCCACGGUUUACGUUCUAGGGGGCGCCAAAGAUGACCCAAAAAUCCACAUUCUUAAAAGUCAUUUUGGCCACUGCAGGAGUACAGAGUACUGCAGUUCUAGGGGGCGCCAAAGAUGACCCAAAAAUCCACAUUCUUAAAAGUCUUUUUGGCCACUGCAGGAGUACAGAGUACUGCAGGAUACACACACAUAUACACACACGCCAACACACACACACACACACACAGACACACACACACACUCAGAGUCUGUUUUUUAGCACCUGCAAAAACAUGCUGUUUACAUAUUUGACAAGAAUGCAGAGGCUUCCUUUUGCCCCUGAAAAAAAUCAAAUUUCAAACACAACUUGACUGUUCAUUUCUCCAAAAGACAACCAUGAAGCUCCAUUUCAAACCUGAAGCAGAUAGUUGGUGCAUGUGUACAGUAACCUGAGGGGAGUGAGGUGACUAUUUCUGAGGAGAACAUGAGCAGUGAAGAUUCACCUUGGAGCUAGAACAGGGACGUGCACAUGAUUAUACAGGGGCAGGGGCUCAAGUUUUUUCCAGUCAUUUAUACAAUAUGGAAAUUAAUGUGAAAUUAAACCACAAAUAUGUGUGAUGAACUGUUUUUAAAACUUAAACUUCAAAUAAAAAUUGUAAACUUCAAAACAUAUGCAAAUUUUUAACAAAGAACAUAGUAAUUUACCUCUAUUUACAUCAAAAUGCAGGCAAUGGCCCAGGCGUUCUUUGUAAAAUUAUUUACAAAACACUGUAUAGUCUCACAAAUGUCACUUUUUAUUUAUGCCACUACAAAAAAACAUGAUGUAAAUGAUGCAUGAUGUAAAACAUGAUGUAAAAAACUUGUGUAGAUCCUCCUCUAUGUCAGUCCAUGUGUAAUUUUUCCAUAAUUCUUUGUUUUUUGCAGCAUUUUUGUUAGUGUAACUGCAGAUUGUGCUGACAGUGUCUAUGGCACAAAAAAAAAAAAAAAUUAAAAUGCCUCAACAUGAACCCCUGGUGGUCUCUGAGGGUGAAACCUGCUAACUGCUGCAGCUCUGUCAGCUUCAGUCUCCCAUGCAGAGCUCUGAGUGCAUGUGUGGCUCUGCACCCUUAGCAGCGUUGCUAACUCCUCAGUAAGGAAAGCCUGCUUCAUGUCAGAGUCUCUAAACUCCAGAAGAAGUCGAUAAAAGUCCCUUUCUUUCUAAAAAAAAGUUGUUAGGGGGUCUGAAAAGUCAUUGAAUCUAACAACAAAGUCGCUAGGUUUGCAACUACGUGUCCCAGACUGCAUCCCUGCUGAGAGUCCCUCCCUCCCUUCUCAUGUUGCAGGAAGAACGUAAGCGCCCGCCCUUUGUCAAUCAGUCACCAUAUAAUUUUGGAUUGGUUGUUGUGGUGAAGUUUUCCACCAAUAGGAGAGAUGUUGUGGUGUGUUUUUUUUUUCUUUUGGCAAGCCUUUUCCGCCUGUAAGACCUGUCGCUAAUGUCUGCAUGCUAUGUUUUCCUGUCUCAUACAGCGCGAUCGAGCGCCGAACGUGAUCAAAAUAAGCAGAAAAAAAGUAUCGCGGACAUAAUUUAUCAUAACUCUGGUUUUAUUUGGCCUAUCAACACAAUUUAAAAACUGGUAUAUAGGUUGAGGUCCUCACUUUUGAGAUAAGUUGAAACAGAGAGUCAACGAGGCUCCGUCUUGCAGCUACAUCCGGUUAAAUAUGUCAUGUGACUUGAACGCACACACAAACACACAGACACACACACACGCACACACACACACACACACACACACACACACACACUCAGAGUCUGGUUUUUAGCACCUGCAAAAACAUGCUAUUUACAUAUUUGACAAGAAUGCAGAGGCUCCUUUUGCCCCUAAAAAAAAUCAAAUUUCAAACACAACUUGACUGGUCAUUUCUCCAAAAGACAACCAUGAAGCUCCAUCCAAACCUGAAGCAGGCAGUUGGUGCAUGUGUACAGUAACCUGAGGGGAGUGAGGUGACUGCUUCUGAGGAGAACAUGAGCAGUGAAGAUUCACCUUGGAGCUAGAACAGAGACAUGCACAUGAUUAUACAGGGGCAGGGGCUCAAGUUUUUUCCAGUCGUUUAUACAAUAUGGAAAUUAAUGUGAAAUUAAAACACAAAGUAUUAAUAGAAAGGUAAUGACUGUCCUGUGUAGGUGACAGUGAUAUCCAAUAGGCUAGGCACUCACGAGGCUGGCUGUGGCAAGUGUAAGUGAAAGCAACACGCACUGGCAGGAAGAACAGCAAACGCCGAUGAAGGAAAAGGGUCUUUGCAGUGAUGGGCGUUACCAGAGAGGACGAUGGCCAGAGGACACAAAUGGGACGGGGAGGCAGCACGUUGGGGGGGGACGCGACACGGCUCGGGCCCGCCAGUGCCCCAACGGGGUCCUAGUUAGGGCCCGAGCGUAGCUGCUAAGCAGCUGCGAGAGCCCUCUUGUUCCUGUAGUUUCCUUCUUUUGUUAUUAUUAUUUUUCCUCCCCUUUGAACUGGAAAAUGGCCCACUUCCCACUGGCGAAAACUCAUGAAAUUUGGCAGGACGACCGGGCCUGGUGAAAAAUUUGAUAUUCCGAAGUCGCCCAAACAAGAAAAUGCAAAAUGGCUCCAUAGCGCCCCCUAAGGUGAAAAUUCACACUAUUCACUGUCACGCCGGUACGCUUUGUCAAAAUGACACAAAAAUUGACACACACAUGUAUCUCAAUAAGAUCUACAAAAAAGUCAGUGCGGGCGUAUCUGUCAAAUGUACGGUUAAAGGGUUAUUUCGCAUUUUUUGCCGAUCCGCACACAUUGGAAUUUCGCUAACUCCUCCGAAGGCUUUCGUUCCACCGGCACCACAUUUGCUCAGGCCAAUCUACACCCCAUGGCCAUUAAAAGUUAUUCAAAUCAUGACGCUGCACCCCAUGGUUUAGGUUCUAGGGGGCGCCAAAGAUAACCCUAAGAUCCACAUAUUUAAAAGUCUUAUAACUUUUUAUUUUUGCCCUCACUGGCCUCCAAGUUUUCUAGGAUGAUGCAAUGUCCAGCCAUCAACACAUUUGUGAAGGAAUUUUUACUCCCCAAAAGAGCGCCCCCCAUGGCAGGAGAAAAAAGUCCAUUUUUUCUUGUCCCCUAAGGUGAAAAUACACAUUGUUGAGUGUCACGCCUAUACGCUUUGUCAAAAUGACACAAAAAUUGACACACACAUGUAACUCAAUAAGAUCUACGAAAAAGUCAAUGCGUGCGUAUCUGUCAAAUGUACGGUUAAAGGGUUAUUCCGCAUUUUUUGCCGAUCCGCACACAUUGGAAUUUCGCUAACUCCACCGAAGGCUUUCUGUCCACCGGCACCACAUUUGCUCAGGCCAAUCUACACCCCAUGGCCAUUAAAAGUUAAUCAAAUCAUGACGCUGCACCCCACGGUUUAGGUUCUAGGGGGCGCCAAAGACAACCCUAAAAUCCACAUAUUUAAAAGUCUUAUAACUUUUUAUUUUUGUCCUCACUGGCCUCCAAGUUUUCUAGGAUGAUGCAAUGUCCAGCCAUCAACACAUUUGUGAAGGAAUUUUUACUCCCCAAAAGAGCGCCCAUGGCAGGAGAAAAAAGUCCAUUUUUUCUUGUCCCCUAAGGUGAAAAUACAUAUUGUUGAGAUUCACGCCUAUACGCUUUGUCAUAUUGACACAAAAUUUGACAAUCAUGUGUAUCUCAAUUAGAUCUACGAAAAAGUCAAAGAGCGCGCAUCUGUAUAAUGUACGGUUAAAGGGCUAUUUUGCAUUUUUUGCCGAUUCGCACACAUUGGAAUGUGGCUAUCUCCUCCUAAGGCUUUCGUCCCACCGAUACCAAAUUUGCUCAGGGCAAUCUACACCCCAUGCCCAUUCAAAGUUGUAAAAAUCAUGACGCUGCACCCCACGGUUUACGUUCUAGGGGGCGCCAAAGAUGACCCAAAAAUCCACAUUCUUAAAAGUCAUUUUGGCCACUGCAGGAGUACAGAGUACUGCAGUUCUAGGGGGCGCCAAAGAUGACCCAAAAAUCCACAUUCUUAAAAGUCUUUUUGGCCACUGCAGGAGUACAGAGUACUGCAGGAUACACACACAUAUACACACACGCCAACAUACACACACACACACACACACACACACAGACACACACACACACUCAGAGUCUGUUUUUUAGCACCUGCAAAAACAUGCUGUUUACAUAUUUGACAAGAAUGCAGAGGCUUCCUUUUGCCCCUGAAAAAAAUCAAAUUUCAAACACAACUUGACUGUUCAUUUCUCCAAAAGACAACCAUGAAGCUCCAUUUCAAACCUGAAGCAGAUAGUUGGUGCAUGUGUACAGUAACCUGAGGGGAGUGAGGUGACUAUUUCUGAGGAGAACAUGAGCAGUGAAGAUUCACCUUGGAGCUAGAACAGAGACAUGCACAUGAUUAUACAGGGGCAGGGGCUCAAGUUUUUUCCAGUCGUUUAUACAAUAUGGAAAUUAAUGUGAAAUUAAAACACAAAGUAUUAAUAGAAAGGUAAUGACUGUCCUGUGUAGGUGACAGUGAUAUCCAAUAGGCUAGGCACUCACGAGGCUGGCUGUGGCAAGUGUAAGUGAAAGCAACACGCACUGGCAGGAAGAACAGCAAACGCCGAUGAAGGAAAAGGGUCUUUGCAGUGAUGGGCGUUACCAGAGAGGGCGAUGGCCAGAGGACACAAAUGGGACGGGAAGGCAGCACGUUGGGGGGGGGGGGACGCGACACGGCUCGGGCCCGCCAGUGCCCCAACGGGGUCCUAGUUAGGGCCCGAGCGUAGCUGCUAAGCAGCUGCGAGAGCCCUCUUGUUCCUGCAUGUUUCCUUCUUUUGUUAUUAGGGCCCGAGCCAGCUGCAGAGCAGCCGGGCGUAGGCCCUAUUAUUCCCCAAGUGGUUUUUCUUUGUUUCUUUCUUUCUUUUUUCUUUUUCCUCCCCUUUGAACUGGAAAAUGGCCCACUUCCCACUGGCGAAAACUCAUGAAAUUUGGCAGGACGACCGGGCCUGGUAAAAAAUUUGAUAUUCCGAAGUCGCCCAAACAAGAAAAUGCAAAAUGGCUCCAUAGCGCCCCCUAAGGUGAAAAUUCACACUAUUGACUGUCACGCCUGUACGCUUUGUCAAAAUGACACAAAAAUUGACACACACAUGUAUCUCAAUAAGAUCUACAAAAAAGUCAGUGCGGGCGUAUCUGUCAAAUGUACGGUUACAGGGUUAUUUCGCAUUUUUUGCCGAUCCGCACACAUUGGAAUUUCGCUAACUCCUCCGAAGGCUUUCGUUCCACCGGCACCACAUUUGCUCAGGCCAAUCUACACCCCAUGGCCAUUAAAAGUUAUUCAAAUCAUGACGCUGCACCCCACGGUUUAGGUUCUAGGGGGCGCCAAAGAUAACCCUAAAAUCCACAUAUUUAAAAGUCUUAUAACUUUUUAUUUUUUCCCUCACUGGCCUCCAAGUUUUCUAGGAUGAUGCAAUGUCCAGCCAUCAACACAUUUGUGAAGGAAUUUUUACUCCCCAAAAGAGCGCCCCCCCAUGGCAGGAGAAAAAAGUCCAUUUUUUCUUGUCCCCUAAGGUGAAAAUUCACACUAUUGACUGUCACGCCUGUACGCUUUGUCAAAAUGACACAAAAUUUGACACACACAUGUAUCUCAAUAAGAUCUACAAAAAAGUCCAUGCGCGCGUAUCUGUCUAAUGUACGGUUAAAGGGUUAUUUCGCAUUUUUUGCCGAUCCGCACACAUUGGAAUUUCGCUAACUCCUCCGAAGGCUUUCGUUCCACCGGCACCACAUUUGCUCAGGCCAAUCUACACCCCAUGGCCAUUAAAAGUUAUUCAAAUCAUGACGCUGCACCCCACGGUUUACGUUCUAGGGGGCGCCAAAGAUAACCCAAAAAUCCACAUUUUUAAAAGUCUUAUAACUUUUUAUUUUUGUCCUCACUGGCCUCCAAGUUUUCUAGGAUGAUGCAAUGUCCAGCCAUCAACACAUUUGUGAAGGAAUUUUUACUCCCCAAAAGAGCGCCCCCCCAUGGCAGGAGAAAAAAGUCCAUUUUUUCUUGUCCCCUAAGGUCAAAAUUCACAUUGUUGAGUGUGACACCUGUACGCUUUGUCAUAUUGACACAAAAUUUGACAAUCACGUGCCUUGCCUGGUAUCAUUUUUUUCAAAUUCACACACAAAACAUAAAAUCCAUGUGGAAAAAAGUAACAUUUUUACUGUGAAAACCACAAAUAUGUGUGAUGAACUGUUUUUAAAACUUAAACUUCAAAUAAAAAUUGUAAACUUCAAAACAUAUGCAAAUUUUUAACAAAGAACAUAGUGAUUUACCUCUAUUUACAUCAAAAUGCAGGCAAUGGCCCAGGCGUUCUUUGUAAAAUUAUUUACAAAACACUGUAUAGUCUCACAAAUGUCACUUUUUAUUUAUGCCACUACAAAAAAACAUGAUGUAAAUGAUGCAUGAUGUAAAACAUGAUGUAAAAAACUUGUGUAGAUCCUCCUCUAUGUCAGUCCAUGUGUAAUUUUUCCAUAAUUCUUUGUUUUUUGCAGCAUUUUUGUUAGUGUAACUGCAGAUUGUGCUGACAGUGUCUAUGGCACAAAAAAAAAAAAAAAAAUUUAAAUGCCUCAACAUGAAACCCUGGUGGUCUCUGAGGGUGAAACCUGCUAACUGCUGCAGCUCUGUCAGCUUCAGUCUCCCAUGCAGAGCUCGGAGCGCAUGUGUGGCUCUGCACCCUUAGCAGCGUUGCUAACUCCUCAGUAAGGAAAGCCUGCUUCAUGUCAGAGUCUCUAAACUCCAGAAGAAGUCGAUAAAAGUCACUUUCUUUCUAAAAAAAAGUCGUUAGGGGGUCUGAAAAGUCAUUGAAUCUAACAACAAAGUCGCUAGGUUUGCAACUACGUGUCCCAGACUGCAUCCCUGCUGAGAGUCCCUCCCUCGCUUCUCAUGUUGCAGGAAGAACGUAAGCGCCCGCCCCUUGUCAAUCAGUCACCAUAUAAUUUUGGAUUGGUUGUUGUGGUGAAGUUUUCCACCAAUAGGAGAGAUGUUGUGGUGUGUUUUUUUUUUCUUUUGGCAAGCCUUUUCCGCCUGUAAGACCUGUCGCUAAUGUCUGCAUGCUAUGUUUUCCUGUCUCAUACAGCGCGAUCGAGCGCCGAACGUGAUCAAAAUAAGCAGAAAAAAAGUAUCGCGGACAUAAUUUAUCAUAACUCUGGUUUUAUUUGGCCUAUCAACACAAUUUAAAAACUGGUAUAUAGGUUGAGGUCCUCACUUUUGAGAUAAGUUGAAACGGAGAGUCAACGAGGCUCCGUCUUGCAGCUACAUCCGGUUAAAUAUGUCAUGUGACUUGAACGCACACACAGACACACACACACGCACACACACACACACACACACACACACACACUCAGAGUCUGGUUUUUAGCACCUGCAAAAACAUGCUAUUAACAUAUUUGACAAGAAUGCAGAGGCUCCUUUUGCCCCUGAAAAAAAUCAAAUUUCAAACACAACUUGACUGGUCAUUUCUCCAAAAGACAACCAUGAAGCUCCAUCCAAACCUGAAGCAGGCAGUUGGUGCAUGUGUACAGUAACCUGAGGGGAGUGAGGUGAGUGCUUCUGAGGAGAACAUGAGCAGUGAAGAUUCACCUUGGAGCUAGAACAGAGACAUGCACAUGAUUAUACAGGGGCAGGGGCUCAAGUUUUUUCCAGUCGUUUAUACAAUAUGGAAAUUAAUGUGAAAUUAAAACACAAAGUAUUAAUAGAAAGGUAAUGACUGUCCUGUGUAGGGGACAGUGAUAUCCAAUAGGCUAGGCACUCACGAGGCUGGCUGUGGCAAGUGUAAGUGAAAGCAACACGCACUGGCAGGAAGAACAGCAAACGCCGAUGAAGGAAAAGGGUCUUUGCAGUGAUGGGCGUUACCAGAGAGGGCGAUGGCCAGAGGACACAAAUGGGACGGGGAGGCAGCACGUUGGGGGGGGGGGGGACACGACACGGCUCGGGCCCGCCAGUGCCCCAACGGGGUCCUAGUUAUUAUUUUUCCUCCCCUUUGAACUGGAAAAUGGCCCACUUCCCACUGGCGAAAACUCAUGAAAUUUGGCAGGACGACCGGGCCUGGUGAAAAAUUUGAUAUUCUGAAGUCGCCCAAACAAUACAAUGCAAAAUGGCUCCAUAGCGCCCCCUAAGGUGAAAAAUUCACCUGACGCCUGUACGCUUUGUCAAAAUGACACAAAAAUUGACACACACAUGUAUCUCAAUAAGAUCUACAAAAAAGUCAGUGCGGGCGUAUCUGUCAAAUGUACGGUUAAAGGGUUAUUGCGCAUUUUUUGCCGAUCCGCACACAUUGGAAUUUCGCUAACUCCUCCGAAGGCUUUCGUUCCACCGGCACCACAUUUGCUCAGGCCAAUCUACACCCCAUGGCCAUUAAAAGUUAUUCAAAUCAUGACGCUGCACCCCACGGUUUAGGUUCUAGGGGGCGCCAAAGAUAACCCUAAAAUCCACAUAUUUAAAAGUCUUAUAACUUUUUAUUUUUGCCCUCACUGGCCUCCAAGUUUUCUAGGAUGAUGCAAUGUCCAGCCAUCAACACAUUUGUGAAGGAAUUUUUAAUCCCCAAAAGAGCGCCCCCCCAUGGCAGGAGAAAAAAGUCCAUUUUUUCUUGUCCCCUAAGGUGAAAAUACACAUUGUUGAGUGUCACGCCUGUACGCUUUGUCAUAUUGACACAAAAUUUGACACACACAUGUAUCUCAAUAAGAUCUACGAAAAAGUCAAUGCGCGCAUAUCUGUCAAAUGUACGGUUAAAGGGUUAUUCCGCAUUUUUUGCUGAUCCGCACACAUUGGAAUUUCGCUAACUCCUCCUAAGGCUGGCGUUCCACCGGCACCACAUUUGCUCAGGCCAAUCUACACCCCAUGGCCAUUAAAAGUUAUUCAAAUCAUGACGCUGCACCCCACGGUUUAGGUUCUAGGGGGCGCCAAAGAUAACCCUAAAAUCCACAUAUUUAAAAGUCUUAUAACUUUUUAUUUUUGUCCUCACUGGCCUCCAAGUUUUCUAGGAUGAUGCAAUGUCCAGCCAUCAACACAUUUGUGAAGGAAUUUUUACUCCCCAAAAGAGCGCCCCCCCAUGGCAGGAGAAAAAAGUCCAUUUUUUCUUGUCCCAUAAGGUGAAAAAACACAUUGUUGACUGUCAUACCUGUACGCUUUGUCAUAUUGACACAAAAUUUGACAAUCACAUGUAUCUGAAUAAGAUCUACGAAAAAGUCAAUGCGCGCGUAUCUGUAAAAUGUACGGUUAAAGGGCUAUUUUGCAUUUUUUGCCGAUUCGCACACAUUGGAAUUUGGCUAACUCCUCCUAAGGCUUUCAUCCCACUGACACCAAAUUUGCUCAGGCCAAUCUACACCCCAUGGCCAUUAAAAGUUGUAAAAAUCAUGACGCUGCACCCCACGGUUUACGUUCUAGGGGGCGCCAAAGAUGACCCAAAUAUCCACAUUCUUAAAAGAAUCCACACACCCCCCAUCCCCCAUCCCCCAUGGCAGGAGAAACAGUCAAGUUUUUCCUGCCCGUCGCUCAAUGGCUCAAUCGCAUCACUCUCCCGGCAACACCGUAACGAGGAGCAACUUGCCGUUUGGAUAUAUCCUAGCUGUGUUUGUGCCCUCACUCAUGGUCCAGACUUUUUUCAAAUAGGACAUGUAGUUUGUCUGCAGCGAGUGUUUUGGUAGAAACUGCGCCUCCCAUUCAUUAUAAUGGGAAAUGACCACAGACAAGUGCGCACACCAUCUUUGGACCUUGAGUGUGACGCGAUCGGGAGGGGGAGGCGGUCGCGCUAGGGGCGGCGCAACGCGGCUCGGGCCCGACAGUGCCCCACCGGGGCCCUAGUUAGGGCCCGAGCGUAGCUGCUAAGCAGCUGCGAGAGCCCUCUUGUUCCUGUAGUUUCCUUCUUUUGUUAUUAUUAUUAUUAUUUUUCCUCCCCUUUGAACUGGAAAAUGGCCCACUUCCCACUGGCGAAAACUCAUGAAAUUUGGCAGGACGACCGGGCCUGGUGAAAAAUUUGAUAUUCCGAAGUCGCCCAAACAAGAAAAUGCAAAAUGGCUCCAUAGCGCCCCCUAAGGUGAAAAUUCACACUAUUCACUGUCACGCCGGUACGCUUUGUCAAAAUGACACAAAAAUUGACACACACAUGUAUCUCAAUAAGAUCUACAAAAAAGUCAGUGCGGGCGUAUCUGUCAAAUGUACGGUUAAAGGGUUAUUUCGCAUUUUUUGCCGAUCCGCACACAUUGGAAUUUCGCUAACUCCUCCGAAGGCUUUCGUUCCACCGGCACCACAUUUGCUCAGGCCAAUCUACACCCCAUGGCCAUUAAAAGUUAUUCAAAUCAUGACGCUGCACCCCACGGUUUAGGUUCUAGGGGGCGCCAAAGAUAACCCUAAGAUCCACAUAUUUAAAAGUCUUAUAACUUUUUAUUUUUGCCCUCACUGGCCUCCAAGUUUUCUAGGAUGAUGCAAUGUCCAGCCAUCAACACAUUUGUGAAGGAAUUUUUACUCCCCAAAAGAGCGCCCCCCCAUGGCAGGAGAAAAAAGUCCAUUUUUUCUUGUCCCCUAAGGUGAAAAUACACAUUGUUGAGUGUAACACCUGUACGCUUUGGCAAAAUGACACAAAAAUUGACACACACAUGUAUCUCAAUAAGAUCUACGAAAAAGUCAAAGCGCGCGUAUCUGUCAAAUGUACGGUUAAAGGGUUAUUCCGCAUUUUUUGCCGAUCCGCACACAUUGGAAUUUCGCUAACUCCUCCGAAGGCUUUCGUUCCACCGGCACCACAUUUGCUCAGGCCAAUCUACACCCCAUGGCCAUUAAAAGUUAUUCAAAUCAUGACGCUGCACCCCACGGUUUAGGUUCUAGGGGGAGCCAAAGAUAACCGUAAAAUCCACAUAUUUAAAAGUCUUAUAACUUUUUAUUUUUGUCCUCACUGGCCUCCAAGUUCUCUAGGAUGAUGCAAUGUCCAGCCAUCAACACAUUUGUGAAGGAAUUUUUACUCGCCAAAAGAGCGCCCCCCAUGGCAGGAGAAAAAAGUCCAUUUUUUCUUGUCUCCUAAGGCGAAAAUACACAUUGUUGACUGUCACGCCUUUACGCUUUGUCAAAAUAACACAAAAUUUGACACACACAUGUAACUCAAUAAGAUCUACGAAAAAGUCAAUGCGAGCGUAUCUGUUCAAUGUACGGUUAAAGGGCUAUUUCGCAUUUUUUGCCGAUUCGCACACAUUGGAAUGUGGCUAACUCCUCCUAAAGCUUUUGUCCCAUCGGCUUCAAAUUUGCUCAGGUCAAUCUACACCCCAUGGCCAUUCAAAGUUGUACAAAUCAUGACGCUGCACCCCACGGUUUACGUUCUAGGGGGCGCCAAAGAUAACCCAAAAAUCCACAGUCUUAAAAGUCUUAUAACUUUUUAUUUUUGUCCUCACUGGCCUCCAAGUUUUCUAGGAUGAUGCAAUGUCCAGCCAUCAACACAUUUGUGAAGGAAUUUUUUCUCCCCAAAAGAGCGCCCCCCCCAUGGCAGGAGAAAAAGUCAAGUUUUUCCUGCCCAUCGCUCAAUGGCUCAAACGCAUCGCUCUCUCGGCAAAACCGAAAGGAGGAGCAACUUGCCAUUUGGAUAUAUACUAGCUGUGUUUGUGCCCUCACUCAUGGUCCAGACUUUUUUCAAAAAGGACAUGGAGUUUGUCUGCAGCGAGCGUUUUGGUAGAAACUGCGCCUCCCAUUCAUUAUAAUGGUAAAUGACCACAGACAAGUGCGCACACCAUCUUUGGACCUUGAGUGUGACGCGAUCGGGAGGGGUAGGCGGUCGCGCUGGGGGUGGCGCGACGCGGCUCGGGCCCGACAGUGCCCCACCGGGGCCCUAGUUCUUUCUUUCUUUCUUCUUUUUCCUCCCCUUUGAACUGGAAAAUGGCCCACUUCCCACUGGCGAAAACUCAUGAAAUUUGGCAGGACGACCGGGCCUGGUGAAAAAUUCGAUAUUCUGAAGUCGCCCAAACAAUAAAAUGCAAAAUGGCUCCAUAGCGCCCCCUAAGGUGGAAAUUCACACUAUUGACUGUCACGCCUGUACGCUUUGUCAAAAUGACACAAAAAUUGACACACACAUGUAUCUCAAUAAGAUCUACAAAAAAGUCAGUGCGGGCGUAUCUGUCAAAUGUACGGUUAAAGGGUUAUUGCGCAUUUUUUGCCGAUCCGCACACAUUGGAAUUUCGCUAACUCCUCCGAAGGCUUUCGUUCCACCGGCACCACAUUUGCUCAGGCCAAUCUACACCCCAUGGCCAUUAAAAGUUAUUCAAAUCAUGACGCUGCACCCCACGGUUUAGGUUCUAGGGGGCGCCAAAGAUAACCCUAAGAUCCACAUAUUUAAAAGUCUUAUAACUUUUUAUUUUUGCCCUCACUGGCCUCCAAGUUUUCUAGGAUGAUGCAAUGUCCAGCCAUCAACACAUUUGUGAAGGAAUUUUUACUCCCCAAAAGAGCGCCCCCCCAUGGCAGGAGAAAAAAGUCCAUUUUUUCUUGUCCCCUAAGGUGAAAAUACACAUUGUUGAGUGUAACACCUGUACGCUUUGGCAAAAUGACACAAAAAUUGACACACACAUGUAUCUCAAUAAGAUCUACGAAAAAGUCAAAGCGCGCGUAUCUGUCAAAUGUACGGUUAAAGGGUUAUUCCGCAUUUUUUGCCGAUCCGCACACAUUGGAAUUUCGCUAACUCCUCCGAAGGCUUUCGUUCCACCGGCACCACAUUUGCUCAGGCCAAUCUACACCCCAUGGCCAUUAAAAGUUAUUCAAAUCAUGACGCUGCACCCCACGGUUUAGGUUCUAGGGGGAGCCAAAGAUAACCGUAAAAUCCACAUAUUUAAAAGUCUUAUAACUUUUUAUUUUUGUCCUCACUGGCCUCCAAGUUCUCUAGGAUGAUGCAAUGUCCAGCCAUCAACACAUUUGUGAAGGAAUUUUUACUCGCCAAAAGAGCGCCCCCCCCAUGGCAGGAGAAAAAAGUCCAUUUUUUCUUGUCUCCUAAGGCGAAAAUACACAUUGUUGACUGUCACGCCUUUACGCUUUGUCAAAAUAACACAAAAUUUGACACACACAUGUAACUCAAUAAGAUCUACGAAAAAGUCAAUGCGAGCGUAUCUGUUCAAUGUACGGUUAAAGGGCUAUUUCGCAUUUUUUGCCGAUUCGCACACAUUGGAAUGUGGCUAACUCCUCCUAAAGCUUUUGUCCCAUCGGCUUCAAAUUUGCUCAGGUCAAUCUACACCCCAUGGCCAUUCAAAGUUGUACAAAUCAUGACGCUGCACCCCACGGUUUACGUUCUAGGGGGCGCCAAAGAUAACCCAAAAAUCCACAGUCUUAAAAGUCUUAUAACUUUUUAUUUUUGUCCUCACUGGCCUCCAAGUUUUCUAGGAUGAUGCAAUGUCCAGCCAUCAACACAUUUGUGAAGGAAUUUUUCUCCCCAAAAGAGCGCCCCCCAUGGCAGGAGAAAAAGUCAAGUUUUUCCUGCCCAUCGCUCAAUGGCUCAAACGCAUCGCUCUCUCGGCAAAACCGAAAGGAGGAGCAACUUGCCAUUUGGAUAUAUACUAGCUGUGUUUGUGCCCUCACUCAUGGUCCAGACUUUUUUCAAAAAGGACAUGGAGUUUGUCUGCAGCGAGCGUUUUGGUAGAAACUGCGCCUCCCAUUCAUUAUAAUGGUAAAUGACCACAGACAAGUGCGCACACCAUCUUUGGACCUUGAGUGUGACGCGAUCGGGAGGGGUAGGCGGUCGCGCUGGGGGUGGCGCGACGCGGCUCGGGCCCGACAGUGCCCCACCGGGGCCCUAGUUCUUUCUUUCUUUCUUCUUUUUCCUCCCCUUUGAACUGGAAAAUGGCCCACUUCCCACUGGCGAAAACUCAUGAAAUUUGGCAGGACGACCGGGCCUGGUGAAAAAUUCGAUAUUCUGAAGUCGCCCAAACAAUAAAAUGCAAAAUGGCUCCAUAGCGCCCCCUAAGGUGGAAAUUCACACUAUUGACUGUCACGCCUGUACGCUUUGUCAAAAUGACACAAAAAUUGACACACACAUGUAUCUCAAUAAGAUCUACAAAAAAGUCAGUGCGGGCGUAUCUGUCAAAUGUACGGUUAAAGGGUUAUUGCGCAUUUUUUGCCGAUCCGCACACAUUGGAAUUUCGCUAACUCCUCCGGAGGCUUUCGUUUCACCGGCACCACAUUUGCUCAGGCCAAUCUACACCCCAUGGCCAUUAAAAGUUAUUCAAAUCAUGACGCUGCACCCCACGGUUUAGGUUCUAGGGGGCGCCAAAGAUAACCCUAAAAUCCACAUAUUUAAAAGUCUUAUAACUUUUUAUUUUUGCCCUCACUGGCCUCCAAGUUUUCUAGGAUGAUGCAAUGUCCAGCCAUCAACACAUUUGUGAAGGAAUUUUUACUCCCCAAAAGAGCGCCCCCCCAUGGCAGGAGAAAAAAGUCCAUUUUUUCUUGUCCCAUAAGGUGAAAAUUCACAUUGUUGAGUGUCACGCCUAUACGCUUUGUCAAAAUGACACAAAAAUUGACACACACAUGUAACUCAAUAAGAUCUACAAAAAAGUCAAUGCGCGCGUAUCUGUCAAAUGUACAGUUGAAGGGUUAUUCCGCAUUUUUUGCCGAUACGCACACAUUGGAAUUUCGCUAACUCCUCCGAAGGCUUUCGUUCCACCGGCACCACAUUUGCUCAGGCCAAUCUACACCCCAUGGCCAUUAAAAGUUAUUCAAAUCAUGAUGCUGCACCCCAUGGUUUAGGUUCUAGGGGGCGCCAAAAAUAACCCAAAAAUCCACAUUCUUAAAUGUUUUAUAACUUUUUAUUUUUGUCCUCACUGGCCUCCAAGUUUUCUAGGAUGAUGCAAUGUCCAGCCAUCAACACAUUUGUGAAGGAAUUUUUACUCCCCAAAAGAGCGCCCCCCAUGGUAGGAGAAAAAAGUCAAUUUUUUCUUGUCCCCUUACAUGAAAAUACACAUUGUUGAGUGUCACGCCUGAACGCUUUGUCAUAUUGACACAAAAAUUGACAAUCAUGUGUAUCUCAAUUAGAUCUACGAAAAAGUCAAAGAGCGCGUAUCUGUAUAAUGUACGGUUAAAGGGCUAUUUUGCAUUUUUUGCCGAUUCGCACACAUUGGAAUGUGGCUAUCUCCUCCUAAGGCUUUCGUCCCACCGAUACCAAAUUUGCUCAGGGCAAUCUACACCCCAUGCCCAUUCAAAGUUGUAAAAAUCAUGACGCUGCACCCCACGGUUUACGUUCUAGGGGGCGCCAAAGAUGACCCAAAAAUCCACAUUCUUAAAAGUCAUUUUGGCCACUGCAGGAGUACAGAGUACUGCAGUUCUAGGGGGCGCCAAAGAUGACCCAAAAAUCCACAUUCUUAAAAGUCUUUUUGGCCACUGCAGGAGUACAGAGUACUGCAGGAUACACACACAUAUACACACACGCCAACAUACACACACACACACACACACACACACACACACAGACACACACACACUCAGAGUCUGUUUUUUAGCACCUGCAAAAACAUGCUGUUUACAUAUUUGACAAGAAUGCAGAGGCUUCCUUUUGCCCCUGAAAAAAAUCAAAUUUCAAACACAACUUGACUGUUCAUUUCUCCAAAAGACAACCAUGAAGCUCCAUUUCAAACCUGAAGCAGAUAGUUGGUGCAUGUGUACAGUAACCUGAGGGGAGUGAGGUGAGUGCUUCUGAGGAGAACAUGAGCAGUGAAGAUUCACCUUGGAGCUAGAACAGGGACGUGCACAUGAUUAUACAGGGGCAGGGGCUCAAGUUUUUUCCAGUCAUUUAUACAAUAUGGAAAUUAAUGUGAAAUUAAACCACAAAUAUGUGUGAUGAACUGUUUUUAAAACUUAAACUUCAAAUAAAAAUUGUAAACUUCAAAACAUAUGCAAAUUUUUAACAAAGAACAUAGUAAUUUACCUCUAUUUACAUCAAAAUGCAGGCAAUGGCCCAGGCGUUCUUUGUAAAAUUAUUUACAAAACACGGAGAAAAAAGUCCAUUUUUUCUUGUCCCCUAAGGUGAAAAUACACAUUGUUGAGUGUCACGCCUAUACGCUUUGUCAAAAUGACACAAAAAUUGACACACACAUGUAACUCAAUAAGAUCUACGAAAAAGUCAAUGCGCGCGUAUCUGUCAAAUGUACGGUUAAAGGGUUAUUCCGCAUUUUUUGCCGAUCCGCACACAUUGGAAUGUGGCUAACUCCUCCUAAGGCUUUCGUUCCACCGGCACCACAUUUGCUCAGGCCAAUCUACACCCCAUGGCCAUUAAAAGUUAUUCAAAUCAUGACGCUGCACCCCACGGUUUAGGUUCUAGGGGGCGCCAAAGAUAACCCUAAAAUCCACAUAUUUAAAAGUCUUAUAACUUUUUAUUUUUGUCCUCACUGGCCUCCAAGUUUUCUAGGAUGAUGCAAUGUCCAGCCAUCAACACAUUUGUGAAGGAAUUUUUACUCUCCAAAAGAGCGCCCCCCCAUGGCAGGAGAAAAAAGUCCAUUUUUUCUUGUCCCCUAAGGUGAAAAUACAUAUUGUUGAGAUUCACGCCUAUACGCUUUGUCAUAUUGACACAAAAUUUGACAAUCACGUGCCUUGCCUGGUAUCAUUUUUUUCAGCACAACCUCACCUGUGCGAAUUUACAGUUAUUUUAUCAUGUUGACAUACUGAAUUUACAUAAUGGACCCAAAUUCACACACAAAACAUAAAAUCCGAGUGGAAAAAACAUUUUUACUGUGAAAACCAAAAAUAUGUGUGAUGAACUGUUUUUAAAACUUAAACUUCAAAUAAAAAUUGUAAACUUCAAAACAUAUGCAAAUUUUUAACAAAGAACAUAGUGAUUUACCUCUAUUUACAUCAAAAUGCAGGCAAUGGCCCAGGCGUUCUUUGUAAAAUUAUUUACAAAACACUGUAUAAUCUCACAAAUAGAUCCUCCUCUAUGUCAGUCCAUGUGUAAUUUUUCCAUAAUUCUUUGUUUUUUGCAGCAUUUUUGUUAGUGUAACUGCAGAUUGUGCUGACAGUGUCUAUGGCACAAAAAAAAAAAAAAAAUUUAAAAUGCCUCAACAUGAACCCCUGGUGGUCUCUGAGGGUGAAACCUGCUAACUGCUGCAGCUCUGUCAGCUUCAGUCUCCCAUGCAGAGCUCUGAGCGCAUGUGUGGCUCUGCACCCUUAGCAGCGUUGCUAACUCCUCAGUAAGGAAAGCCUGCUUCAUGUCAGAGUCUCUAAACUCCAGAAGAAGUCGAUAAAAGUCACUUUCUUUCUAAAAAAAAGUCGUUAGGGGGUCUGAAAAGUCAUUGAAUCUAACAACAAAGUCGCUAGGUUUGCAACUACGUGUCCCAGACUGCAUCCCUGCUGAGAGUCCCUCCCACCCUUCUCAUGUUGCAGGAAGAACGUAAGCGCCCGCCCCUUGUCAAUCAGUCACCAUAUAAUUUUGGAUUGGUUGUUGUGGUGAAGUUUUCCACCAAUAGGAGAGAUGUUGUGGUGUGUUUUUUUUUUCUUUUGGCAAGCCUUUUCCGCCUGUAAGACCUGUCGCUAAUGUCUGCAUGCUAUGUUUUCCUGUCUCAUACAGCGCGAUCGAGCGCCGAACGUGAUCAAAAUAAGCAGAAAAAAAGUAUCGCGGACAUAAUUUAUCAUAACUCUGGUUUUAUUUGGCCUAUCAACACAAUUUAAAAACUGGUAUAUAGGUUGAGGUCCUCACUUUUGAGAUAAGUUGAAACGGAGAGUCAACGAGGCUCCGUCUUGCAGCUACAUCCGGUUAAAUAUGUCAUGUGACUUGAACGCACACACAGACACACACACACACACACACACACACACACACACACACACACACACACACACUCAGAGUCUGGUUUUUAGCACCUGCAAAAACAUGCUAUUUACAUAUUUGACAAGAAUGCAGAGGCUCCUUUUGCCCCUGAAAAAAAUCAAAUUUCAAACACAACUUGACUGCUCAUUUCUCCAAAAGACAACCAUGAAGCUCCAUCCAAACCUGAAGCAGGCAGUUGGUGCAUGUGUACAGUAACCUGAGGGGAGUGAGGUGAGUGCUUCUGAGGAGAACAUGAGCAGUGAAGAUUCACCUUGGAGCUAGAACAGAGACAUGCACAUGAUUAUACAGGGGCAGGGGCUCAAGUUUUUUCCAGUCGUUUAUACAAUAUGGAAAUUAAUGUGAAAUUAAAACACAAAGUAUUAAUAGAAAGGUAAUGACUGUCCUGUGUAGGUGACAGUGAUAUCCAAUAGGCUAGGCACUCACGAGGCUGGCUGUGGCAAGUGUAAGUGAAAGCAACACGCACUGGCAGGAAGAACAGCAAACGCCGAUGAAGGAAAAGGGUCUUUGCAGUGAUGGGCGUUACCAGAGAGGGCGAUGGCCAGAGGACACAAAUGGGACGGGAAGGCAGCACGUUGGGGGGGGGGGGGGGGGACGCGACACGGCUCGGGCCCGCCAGUGCCCCAACGGGGUCCUAGUCAUCUUCUUCUUCUUCUUCUUCAGCAGCUCCGUGUCUCUCUAAUGAGUCCCUUUGGCUCAGGGUUACAUCCAUCUUUGAUUAUCGCUCGCUCAGUCAGAGGUGAAAAAGUCAGAGUUUCUGCAGCGCGCUCCGAUCAGAAGUGAGAGAGAGGAGUGAGGAGGUUAAAGAGAGAGACGAGGGACGAGAUCUACAGGAGAACAGCGCUGAGGUUCUGGUCUGAAGGUCCGAGAACGUCCUGACUCAUCCAGGACGACUGAUUCACGUUUUGAUUCGAUGAUUGAAUCCAUGAUAGAGAACUUUUAAUGUCAACAAACAACCCGACCCCAGAAAGGUUACUUAUGACGGCAUGACCCCAUCUGGAGCGGCAGUGGUUUUUGCCGUCUGUCAAUUCCUACUGAAUCCGUUUGUGAGGCGAAUUUCAUGGCGGAUAACAGACAGCAGUAAUCGCGAGAACUCACAAGAACCUGCAGAUUCACGUUCAAUCUCACGAUAACGAGUCGUCUCUAUAAAGACAGACACAUAGACAUAUAAGCAGUAGAUUGUGUCCUUCCAGAGGAGGAAAUCUACUUCUAGACUUCUAGAAUCAGCAUCUCCUCAUCCAUGGUGUCAUCGGGGUGAAAUGACGUCUAAAAACCUUUCACUUGUUCGUCUCCGCCCGUUUGCAUGGUGUGAAAUACGAUCCUCCUGAAACACGGAGUGUUUUAUUUUGAAAAGAAGCCGGAUGUUUUAUUUUGUGUCUGUGCCCGACUUCCUUUCCAGCACGGGUUAAUCUGUGCUGAAUUUAUCCGCCAUGCUCCGGCGUCCAGAAAAAAUAGAACUCUUGUGAUCAGCUGAGGAGUCCGGCGAUCCGCAGAGGAACGGAAAGAAGUCGGUGUAAAUUGACACGUUAACUUGAAUGGUUACGAUCAGCUACGAUCGGAGGAUACGACCUUUUAGGAGACCAUCAGGAUGAAGGUGGACUGAUGUGGUCCUGACUCGUCCCCCUUUGGCAACAGAGACCCGUCUUUUAAUCGAUCAUUGAUUUUUGACGGUAAAUAAUCGUAAAAAUUCUCGUUUUUUCUCACGUUAGUUUUUCUUCUCUUUCUUUCAGGCCCGGCCGUCCGUUACAGCAGCUUCACUCCAGCUGGGCCGACGCCCCCUCCUCUGAUUGGCCAGCACACGGUGAAGGUGCUGAGAGACACUCUGUGCUACAGUGAUGACAUCAUCAACACGCUGCUGGAGACGAAGGCGGUGUUUCAAAACGAGGAGUCCUGA